GCUCCUCUGAGCAGAAUCAGCGUUCCCGGCCUGGACGCCUCGGCUGGAGGGACUGCUGUCAGAAGGAAAAACAAAACUACACGGCACUGACGGCCUGUAGUUUUGUUUUUUUCUGUGGGGUUCCUUCGAGGCUCAGCUUGUUCUCCUUUUGGAUUUUCUGACUAAAUUUUCUGGAUAAAGAGAUUUUUGAUUUUCCUGAAGACAGCCCCCCCUGGGCAUCCCAGGCAUCCUUGUGCAGACAAGGUGCCGACCAACAUGUCAACACAGGCGCCGACAUUCACGCAGCCGCUGCAGAGCGUCGUGGCACUUGAGGGUAGUGCCGCGACGUUCGAGGCUCAAGUUAGUGGUUCUCCAGUUCCUGAGGUGAGCUGGUUUCGUGAUGGCCAGGUUCUUUCCGCCGGCGCUUUGCCCGGCAUUCAGAUCUCAUUCAGCGAUGGCCGCGCUGUUCUGAGGAUCCCCGCUGUGACUGCCGCACACAGCGGAAGAUUUUCCGUCAGAGCCACCAAUGGCGCUGGACAAGCCACGAGCACCGCUGAACUUCUUGUUACAGCCGAGACGGCGCCUCCAAAUUUCCUUCAGAGACUGCAGAGCUCGACAGUGAGACAGGGCAGCCAGGUGAGACUGGAUGUCCGCGUGACAGGAAUCCCAACACCUGUGGUGAAGUUCUACAGAGAGGGAGCUGAGAUCCAGAGCUCAGCUGACUUCAGGAUCCUCCAGGAGGGCGACCUGUACAGUCUGCUGAUCGCAGAGGCCUUCCCAGAGGAUUCUGGGACAUAUUCUGUGACUGCUACCAAUAGCAGCGGGCGUGCAACCUCCACCGCUGAACUGCUGGUUCAGGGUGAGGAAGCUGUACCUACAAAGAAAACCAAGACUAUUGUGUCCACAUCCCAGAUGGAGACUUCCCAGACAAGAGUGCAGAGGAAGAUGGAGGCCAGUUUCCAAGCCACCACCAUGAUGGAGAUGCACGUAGAAGGAGGAAUGAUGACUCAGCAUUUGGCUCACAAAACCCCUCCGCGGGUUCCCCCAAAGCCGACCUCCAAGUCCCCACCGUCCUAUGUUUCCAAGAUGACGGGAGGACGCCAGCAGUCACCUUCACCUGUCAGACAUGUGAAAGGGCCAACGCCCGCAUCUGUCAGACCCGUGUCUCCCUCCGCCAGACUGUCUAUCUCUCCCAUCAGACCGGUUAAAUCUCCUUUGAUGACCAGGAAACAGAUAUCUGCCUCUGCUGAGGUCCUGCCACCCUGGAAGCAGGGCGACUAUUCGGCUGAAGCCAGCUACACCCAUAUGAGCAGCAUGACCAGUGUGAGUAGCGCCACCCAGCUUCAUAUGGAGAAACACUGGGAGCAGCAAGUCACCGCCACCAGAGAGGAGGCGGCUGCAGUGCCCACAAGAGCUCAGGAGCCUGUUGUUCCUCCCACUCUUAUAGCUGGCCUGAAGAACGUGACAGUGACAGAGGGCGAGUCAGUGACCCUUGAGUGUCAGAUCAGUGGCCAGCCCGCUCCCGUCAUCAUGUGGUUCAGAGAGGACUACCAGAUCGAGAGCUCCAUCGACUUCCAGAUCACUUACAAUAGCGGAUUCGCCAGGAUGGUGAUCCGUGAGGCGUUCGCUGAAGACAGCGGCCGCUUCACCUGCACCGCUACCAGCGAGGCAGGAACCAUCAGCACCUCCUGCUACCUGCUUGUCAAAGUGUCAGAAGAAAUUGAAAGCAGAGAGGAAGUGACAACUGUUACUGAAACUGGAAUCACUCAAGAGAAAACCGUUUCCGUUGAGAUGAAGGAACAGAUGGUAGUGGAGGUGAGUGCAGGAGAGUCUGCUGCUCCCUUCUUCAUCAAGAAACCGACCGCUCAGAUGCUGGUGGAGGGAGGAAGCGUCGUCUUCGAUUGCCAGAUCGGAGGAAACCCCAAACCCCACAUCAUCUGGAAGAAGAGCGGUGUGCCACUCACUACUGGAUACAGAUAUAAAGUCGCCUACAAGAAAGAGACUGGAGAAUGCAAACUGGAGAUCUCCAUGACCUUUGCUGAUGAUGCUGGAGAAUACUCCAUCUACAUAAAGAAUUCCCACGGAGAAGCCUCAGCCACCGCCAGCCUGCUGGAGGAAGAGGCAUAUGAAGCCUAUAUGAAGCAGCAUGACGUGACAUAUAAAACUGAAGUGACGACAACAGUGAUUCAGGAGCCCUCUGUGGUUGUGAGUCAAUACGAGAUGGAACAGAGGAGGGUGACAACCCCCAUGAGCUUUGUCUCUGAAACGGAAUUCCUCAUUUCAGCCUUUGAAGAGAGGAUCAUCCAGGAGAUUGAGCUCCGUAUCAUGAGGAUUACCUACAGAGAGCUGGUGACAGAGGAUGGAGAACUGAUGGUGACUGUAGCAGAGGAGGAGGCAGUGCAGCCGGCUUUUGAGACGCCGGUCAAAAACUACCGGAUCAUGGACGGAAUGGGCGUCACUUUCCACUGCAAGAUGGGUGGAAAGCCACUGCCAAAGAUUGUUUGGUACAAAGAUGGCCAGCGCAUCAGAGCUGGUGGCCGUUACCAGAUGGAGGUCCUGCAGGAUGGACGAGCCAGUCUUCGUCUGCCUGUUGUGCUGCCAGAGGAUGAGGGCGUGUAUACCGCCUUUGCAGCUAACAUGAAGGGAAAUUCAGUCAGUUCUGGGAAGCUGUAUGUGGAGCCGUCCGGAACUGUAACACCUCAGAGAUACACACCACAGCCAGCGAUGCAGAGGAUCAGAUCCACAUCUCCUCGCUCUCUGAGCCGCUCACCCGGCCGUUCUUCCAGCCGUUCUCCUGGACGUUCUCCCGCCCGCAGGCUUGACGACACAGACGAGGCCCAGCUGGAAAGACUCUACAAACCUGUGUUUGUUAUGAAGCCUUCCUCAAUAAAAUGCUCAGAGGGGCAGACUGCCAGAUUCGACUUGAAGGUUGUUGGCAGACCAAUGCCUGAAACAUACUGGUUCCACAAUGGACAACAAGUGAUCAAUGACUACACCCACAAGAUAGUGAUUAAAGAGGAUGGUACCCAGUCCCUGAUUAUUGUCCCAGCCAUGCCAAAAGACUCUGGAGAGUGGACAGUCAUCGCUCAGAACAGAGCUGGACGUACCUCUGUCUCUGUAACUCUUACUGUUGAUGCUAGAGAAAGCGUGGCACGCCCUCAGUUUAUUGAGAAGCUGAGGAACAUUACUGUGAAGCAGGGCACUCUGGUUGAGUUGGCUGUCAAAGCCAUUGGAAACCCCCUGCCUGACAUCGUCUGGCUGAAAAACAGUGACAUUAUCACCCCGCAGAAGCACCCACAUAUCAAGAUUGACGGAACUAAAGGAGAGGCCAAAUUCCAGAUUGCAUCUUCUUCAGGCUCAGACAGCGCCUGGUACACUGCUACAGCCAUCAACAAGGCUGGCAGAGACACCACUCGCUGCAGAGUCAACGUUGAGGUGGACUUCACUGCUCCUCAAGCUGAGAGGAAGCUCAUUAUUACCAAAGGAACCUACAAAGCCAAGGAGAUCGCAGCUCCGGAGUUGGAGCCCCUUCAUAUGCGAUAUGGUCAAGAGCAAUGGGAGGAAGGUGACCUUUAUGACAAAGAGAAGCAGCAGAAACCACAGUUCAAGAAGAAGCUGACCUCUAUCAGAAUGAAGCGCUGCGGUCCAGCUCAUUUUGAGUGCAGACUGACUCCUAUCGGUGAUCCCACCAUGGUAGUGGAGUGGCUGCAUGAUGGCAAACCCCUGGAUGCUGCUAACAGGUUACGCAUGGUCAAUGAAUUCGGCUACUGCAGUCUUGAUUAUGAAGCUGCUUAUGCCAGAGACAGUGGCGUCGUCACCUGCAGAGCCACAAACAAGUUUGGAGUCGACCAGACUUCGGCCACCCUGAUUGUUAAGGAUGAGAAGGGCCUAGUCGAGGAAACACAGCUUCCCGAAGGCAGGAGGGCUCCACACAGAAUGGAUGAGAUUGAGCGAAUUGCUCAUGAGGGAGGACCUGCAGGAGUAACCACUGACGACGAAUUUGAAAAGACCAAACCUGAUAUUGUGCUGCUCCCUGAACCGGCCAGAGUCCUGGAAGGUGACAUUGCACGAUUCCGCUGCAGAGUGACUGGUUAUCCAGCACCCAAGGUUAACUGGUACAUCAACGGACAACUCAUCCGCAAAAGCAAGCGAUACAGACUUCGUUAUGAUGGUAUUUACUAUUUGGAGAUUGUUGACAUCAAGUCCUACGACUCAGGAGAGGUCAGGGUGGUUGCAGACAAUCCUCUUGGCACAACUGAGCACACUGUGAAGCUGGAGAUCCAACAGAAAGAGGACUUUAGAUCCGUACUGCGCCGUGCUCCAGAAUCAAAGGCUGCAGAAGCCCCACGUGAGCCUGGCAGAACCGGAUUUGAUGUUGUGAAGGUCGACCGAUCUGCUGAGGCCGCACAGGACAGAGAAGUAGUUAAGCUGCGUAAGGCACAGAGAAUUGUUCACGAGAAAACCACAGAGGAGUCAGACGAACUGAAGAGCAAGUUCAAGCGUAGAACAGAGGAAGGUUUCUAUGAGUCCAUCUCUGCUGUGGAGUUCAAGUCUCGCAAGAGGGACGACUCCUAUGAAGAUCUACUGAAGAAGACUAAGGACGAUCUGCUUCAUCGCUUGAAGGAGAAAGAAGAAGCUGAGAAGAAGUUGCUGGAGGAACAGGGCAAAGUCACCAUCCCCACAAUCAAACCAGAGAGGGUCCAGCUCUCUCCCAGCAUGGAGGCACCCAAGAUCCUGGAACGCAUUACUAGCAAGACAGUUGCUCCAAUGGAUGAGGUUCGUUUCCGAGUCAGAGUCAUUGGCAGACCAGAACCUGAGUGCCAGUGGUUCAAGAACGGCAUUCUGGUGGAAAAGUCAGACCGUAUUUACUGGUACUGGUCUGAGGAUCACGUGUGUGAACUGGUGAUCAGAGAUGUCACAGUAGAGGACUCAGCUAGCAUCAUGGUUAAAGCCAUGAAUGUCGCUGGGGAGGCCUCAAGCCAUGCCUUCCUGCUGGUGCAAGCCAAGGCAGCAGUUAACUUUACCCAACACCUGGAAGAUGUCAGUGCAAAUGAGAAGGAUACCAUGAUGACUUUUGAGUGUGAAACCAACGAACCUUUCGUCAAAGUCAAAUGGCUCAAGAACAACACAGAGAUCUUUUCCGGAGACAAAUACAGAAUGCAUUCAGACAGAAAGGUCCACUUCCUGUCUGUGCUGACAAUUGAAAUGAGGGAUGAUGCCGAAUACACUUGUGUGGUUACAGAUGAUGAGAGCAUCAGGACUAGCGCAAGGCUCCAUGUAGAAGGUGCUGCCCUGGAGCUCGUAAAACACAUGGAGAACAUUGAGGUGCCAGAGACAUACGCUGGAGAGUUUGAGGUUGAGCUGUCUCGUGAGGAUGCCGAGGGCAGCUGGUUCUUCGGAGAUAAGGAGCUCUCUCCCAGCAGCAAAUAUGUCAUGUCCUCCCGCAGAGGAAGACACUCCCUGUCCGUCAAGGAUGUCAGAAAGGGAGACCAGGGGAAAUAUACCUUUGUAUGUGGAGAUCUGAGGACCAGCGCCUCACUGAAGAUGAAAUUGCGCCCAGUGACCCUGAUGCAGCCCUUGACCGACCUCACAGUGUGUGAGGGCGACAUCGCUCAGCUGGAGGUCAGGUUCUCCCAGGAGAACGUUGAGGGAACCUGGAUGAAGAGCGGCCAGGCCAUCUCCGCCUCGGACCGCAUCCACAUCGUUAUUGACAAACUGGUGCACAAGCUGCUGGUAGAGAAUGUCACCAGAGAAGAUGCUGCUUCCUACUCUUUUGUGGUUCCCGCCCAAGACAUUUCCACCUCUGGCAAACUCAGUGUUCAAACCAUUGACAUUGUGGUGCCACUGAAGGAUGUGUCCUCCAUCGAAGGCACCAAGGCUGUUCUGGAGGCCAAGAUCUCAGCUCAGGACAUCAGCUCAGUCAAAUGGUACCACAAUGAUAAACUGCUGGUACCCAGUGACCGAGUCCAAACUGUGGCAAAGGGAGCCAAACAGCGUCUGGUUCUCACCAGGACCUACGCCUCUGAUGAAGGACACUACAAACUGGUGGUUGGCAAGGUCGACACCAGCUGCAGCCUGACUAUCGAAAAGGUACACAUUGUGAAGCACAUGGAGGACAAAGUGUGCUCAGAGUCCCAGAACGUCACCUUUAAUGUUGAAGUUUCUCACCCCGGUAUCGACCCACUCUGGACAUUCAGGAGCCAGCAGCUCAAACCUGGACCCAAACACAAAAUGGAGACCAAGGGCAAGGCUCACUCUCUUACGGUCAUUGACACCAUGAAGGACGAGGAGGGCCAGUACAUGUUCCAUGCCGGUGAAAAGACAUCCAGCGCCAAGCUUACUGUCUCCGGUGGAGCCAUUACACGGCCCCUGCAGGACGUAACGGUGGCGGAGUCUCAGACAGCUGAGCUGGAGUGUGAAGUUGCCAACGCCAACGCUGAGGGCAAGUGGCUGAAGGAGGGUAAGCCUGUGGACUUCAGCGAGAACGUGGUGAGUGAGGUAAAGGGAGCUGUCAGACGCCUCAUCAUCAUCAUCACCAGACCACAGGAUGUCGGAGAGUACAGCUACCAGGUGGCCAACUCCAAAACCACCGCCAACCUCAGGGUGGAGGCGGUGAAGAUCAAGAAAACUUUGAGGAACCAGACUGUGACAGAGACCCAGGAGGCGGUAUUCACCCUGGAGCUCACCCACCCCGACGUGAAAGGAUCCCAGUGGAUCAAAAACGGUGUGGAGCUUCAGAGCAGCGACAAGUACGAGAUCACCACCGACGGCAUGGUCCACACGCUGAAGGUCAAGAACUGCAACACACAGGACGAGUCUGUUUAUUCCUUCAAACUGGGAAAACUGUCGGCCAACGCCAGACUCAACGUAGAGACGAUCAAAAUCAUAAAGAAGAUUAAGGACGUGACAUCACUGCUGGACAGCACCGCCUCUUUCGAGAUGAGCCUGUCACAUGACAACAUCCCCGUCAGGUGGAUGUUUAAAGGCGUGGAGCUGAAGUCAAGCGACAAGUGUAAGAUUCUGUCGGAGCGGAAAGCUCACAAACUGAUCCUGCAGAACGUUGACAGCAGCAAUGCAGGAGAGUAUACGGCUGUGGUCGGACACCUGCAGUGCAGCGCCAUGCUCACCGUGGAGGCUCUGCGAGUCACCAAACCCAUGAAGAGUGUGGUGGUCCCGGAGACCCAGGUGGCCACGUUUGAGUGUGAAGUCUCUCACUUCAACGUGCCGUCCACCUGGCUGAAAGACGGCGUGGAGAUUGAGAUGAGCGAGAAGUUCAGGAUUGUGGUUCAGGGAAAACUCCACCAGCUGAAGAUCAUGAACACCAGCAGGGACGACUCGGCAGAGUACACCUUCAUCUGCGGGAACGACAAAGUCUCUGCAACGCUCACCGUUAACCCUGUCAUGAUCACCUCCAUGCUGAAGGAUCUGAACGCUCAGGAGAGAGACACUAUUACCUUCGAGGUCACCGUCAAUUACGAGGGCAUCACCUACAAAUGGCUGAAAAACGGCGUGGAGGUCAAGUCUUCGGACAGAUGCCAGGUCCGCAGCCGGCAGCUCACGCACUCGCUCACCAUCCGAAACGUUCACUUCGGAGACGGAGGAGAGUACCAGUUCGUGGCCGGGUCCGCCGCCACCGCCGCUAACCUGUUCGUCGAAGCUCGUGUGAUUGAAUUCACCAAGAAAAUCAAGGACAUAAAGAUCACAGAGAAGAAGAAGGCUAUUUUUGAAUGUGAGGUUUCUGAGCCAAACAUUCAGGUGAUGUGGAUGAAGGACGGCCAGGAGAUGGACAUGACUGAGGAAAGGUACACAGUGACAGCAGAGAAGUACGUUCACCGCCUGAUGAUCCAGACAGUCCGUAUGUCCGAUGCUGGAGAGUAUUCGGUUGUGGCCGGAUCAAGUGUCUCCAAGGCCCAGCUGAUCGUGGAGGGCCGCGACAUCCGGAUCUCUGAACCUGCCGAGCGGGAAAUCACGGUUUUGGAGAAACACAGAGCGACAUUCGAAUUCGAGGUGAACGAGGACGAUGUGGAGGGUCACUGGCUGAGGAACGGUGUGGAGAUCCAGUUCUCGGUGGAAGAGAGGUUCAACUACGUGGCCAUCAGGAAGCUGCACCGCCUCACCAUCUCCGAGACCUACAGGAGCGACGCCGGGGAGUACACCUUCAUCGCCGGCAAAAACAGGAGCACCAUGCACCUCCGAGUGAACAUCCCAGAACCGCCUCAGAUCCUUCGCCACAUGGAGCCCCAGUCGGUGGAGGCCGGUAAACCAGCUCGCUUCUCCGUGCAGGUGAGCGGCGUUCCUCAGCCUCAGGUCUUCUGGUUCAAAAACUCCCAGGCUCUGUCUCCGGGCUUCAAGUGCAAGUUCCUGCACGAUGGCAACGAGCACUCGCUGCUGCUGAUCGAAGUGUUCCCAGAGGACGCCGCCAUCUACAACUGUGAGGCCAAGAAUGAGUACGGCACCGCCACCAGCACCGCCACGCUCAAUGUGGAAGUGUCAGAAGUGGUUUCUCCGGACUCGGCUGCUACCGUUGCUCCUCCCGUUGUCAUCUCACCCAUCGCCAGCACCUCGACCCGCGAGGGAGAACCGGCUCGCUUCCAGUGCAGAGUCCGCGGAGAUGACGUGAAGAUCAGCUGGUUCCACAAGGAGAAGGAGAUCAAGCAGUCUGAGUUCUUUAGGAUGUCCCAGUUUGACGACAGCUGUCAGCUGGAGAUCUCCAGGGUUUACCCGGAGGACGAGGGCGAGUACACCUGCGUGGCCACGAACAACGCCGGCACCGCAUCCUGCUCCGCCACUCUGACACUGGACGUGACUCACAUGAGAGAGCAGAUUGAAGCCAAGAUUGAGCAAGAAGUCAAAGUGCCACCUGUGUUUAGGGAGAAAAUCACACCUCUGGAGAUAAACGUCGGCAGCCAAGCCAAGUUCGAAUGUGAAAUUGAGGAUGCUCUGGGUGUGACCUUCAAAUGGUACAAGUCUGGCAUUGAGAUCAAACAGAGCGAGAAGUAUAGGAUCCUCAGCCGCCACAACGGUUCAUCCCUGGAACUUUUGAACCCAAUCAAAGCUGACAGCAGUGAAUACACCUGCAAAGCUUUAAACCAGCAUGGCACUGACAGCUGCACUGCCUCACUCAUUGUCACCGAAAUGUACCCACCGGUAUUUGUAUCAAAACCAGACCCAAUGACUUUAUAUGUGGGCAAACAAGCUGUGUUCCAGUGCUCACUCACUGGAUCCUCACCCAUGGAUGUUGUCUGGCACAAGGACAACAUAGCUAUCUCCUCCGAAGGGAACUAUGUCAUGAAAUGUGAAAAGAACAAGUAUUCCCUUCACAUUAAAAGUCUCGAGCUGACUGACAAGGGAGUGUACUUGUGCAAGGCCUCCAACAGUGUUGGUACUGCUACCUUUACAACAGAGCUCAAGGUCAUUAACAAGCCUAGCUUUGUUAAGACCAUUGAGCCGGUGUCAGCCGCUGUCAAUGACCCAUUGAGGCUGGAGUGCCAGGUGGACGAGGACACUGGUGUGACCGUCACCUGGACGAGGGAUGGCAAAAAAGUCCACCAAAGCAUGGAUUGUAAAUUGUCCUUUGAGGACAAGGUGGCUGUUGUUGAGAUACCUAAGUCCAAACAGAAGGACUCUGGGAAAUAUGUUUGCACAGCCACAAAUGAGGCUGGGAGCUCAUCCUGUGAGGCUGUGGUAACAGUUCAAGAGCCCCCUGUCUUUGUCAAGAAAAUGGAACCUAAGAUUACAUGGAAACAAGGUAUAGCUGCACGCUUACAGUGCACUGUAAAAGGAUCGCCGGAACUUCGCAUCCACUGGUUCUGGAAUGAGAGAGAGCUUAGCGAUGGAGAAAAAUAUAAAACCUCUUUCAAGACUGGAGUUGCCACUUUGGAGAUAAUAAACCUUUUGGUCACAGACAGUGGGAGUUACACCUGUGAGGUGUCAAAUAAUGCGGGCAGUGAGAGCUGCAACACCCUUAUAGCUGUUAAAGAGCCACCAUCUAUUAGAAAAGAACUGCAGACACUAGAGGCGGUGAAGGGAGCAGCAGCUCAGCUGGAGUGUGAAAUCACAGGAACAGCUCCUUUUGAAAUCAGCUGGUUAAAAAAUAAGAAAGCCAUCACCAGUGAUCAGAAAUAUAAAAUAAUCUCCCAAGAUUCCUUGUCAAGGCUGGAGAUACAGACCUUUGAAAGUGCAGAUGUUGGAGAUUAUCAGUGCGUCAUAUCUAAUGAUGUGGGGAAAGUCGCCUCUAAGGCUCUAGCUAAACUUAAAGAGCCACCAACUUUCUCAAAGAGGGUUGAGAGUGCUACAGCAGUGUUGGGAAAUACAGUGAAACUACAGGGAACCCUUAAGGGCUCGGCUCCAAUCACUGUUAAAUGGAUGAAAGACUCUGAAAUACUGAGAGAUGAUGAUCCAAAUAUCAAGAUGGUGUUUGAGAACAAUGUUGCUUGCUUGUCGAUAACAACAGUGGCCAUCAACCAUGGUGGCAAGUAUUCAUGCCAAGCUGAGAAUGAGGCUGGACAACAAAAAUGUGAAGCUACCUUAACUGUGCAAGAACCUGCCAGAAUCGUAGAACCUGCAGAGUCCAUUAGUGUGACUGCAGGGGAUUCAGCCACAUUGGAGUGUAAAAUUUCUGGAAGCCCAGAGCUCAAAGUGAAAUGGUUUAAAGAUGGGAAGGAGAUGAUCAGUGGUCGUAAAUAUAAGAUGACUCUGAAGGACAAUAUUGCCACCAUGAAGAUUCUUACAGCAGAAAGAGGAGAUACUUCAGAGUACAAGAUGGAGGUGUCGAAUAAAGUUGGGAAAGACCUGUGCACAUGCUCAGUCACUGUCUUAGAUCGGAUAAUGCCUCCAACUUUCACCAAGUCCCUGAAAAGAGUUGAUGGUAACAUUGGUAAUGAUGUCUCCAUGGAUUGUAAGGUGUCUGGGUCCCAACCCAUGACCAUAACUUGGUUCAAAGAUGACCAGGAGAUUGCGUCUGGAUCCAAAUUCCAGCCUGAAUUCAAAGACAGCUCUGCUACAUUGCAAAUUAUUCGGCUGGAAAAGGCCGACUCUGGAGUAUACAAAUGCAAAGCCACCAAUUCAGCAGGCUUUAAAGAAACCAGCGGCACACUCUAUGUCAAAGAGCCCCCAGUGUUCACAGUGAAACCAGACAACCAGGAUGUUAUACCAGGAACCACUGUUUCCUUCAAAGCAGCCUUCACUGGAACAACUCCUUUAGCUGUUAAGUGGUUCAAAGAAGACAAAGAGAUUAUAACUGGAGGCACAUAUUUCAUAAAGAAAGAUGCCUCUUCAACUACUUUGGAGAUUCACUCUGUGAAACCCAGUGACUCUGCUAAAUACACAUGCCAAGUAUCCAAUGAUGCUGGGAAGGUGGAUUGCACCACAGUCCUCUUUGUUAAAGAACCUCCCGUGUUUGUGAGGAAGCUUGAGGCGACCAAGCUUGUUACCAGUGGCGACUCCAGAAGGCUCGAGUGCAAAGUGACGGGUAGUCCCGUCAUCAGUUUUAAGUGGUUCAAGGAUGAGAUGGAGAUCAGCUCUGGUCCUAAAUACACAAUGGCCUUGACUGACUUAGUGGCAUCUCUGGAAAUAGUCAACUGUUCAGUACAGGAUAGUGGAGAUUAUGUCUGUGUGGCAUCCAGCGAGGCUGGUAGUGACCGCUGCAGCAGUACAGUUACAGUCAAAGAGCCACCAUUGUUUGUGCGUAGCUUGGAGCCCAAAGAUGUGGUAAAGGGUUCUGAGAUGAUGCUAGAGGGCCAAGUCUCUGGUUCUGCCCCUUUCACUGUGUCUUUUUAUAAAAACACAAAGCUGAUUAGGAAUGACAAAAGACACAGGAUCACUGUGAAAGACGAUCUGAUAGCCCUGCAGGUGCUGGCAGUAGAGGCAGGAGAUGUUGGCUUGUACCAGUGUACCGUUGAGAAUGAAGUGGGAAGUGCCUUCUGUGAUUGUCAAGUAACACUAAAAGAACCACCAUCAUUUGUGCGAAAGCUGGAGAACGUAAGUUCUUUGGUGGGCAGUGAAGUUUCUCUGCAGUGCAUUCUGAAGGGCUCAGAGCCUAUGACUGUAUCCUGGAUGAAAGACAACCAUGAGCUCAAAGAGGCUGAGCACAUUCAGAUAACAUAUGAGAACAAGACUGCUCUGCUGCACAUCACCAACUUACAGAGCAAACAUGGUGGCAAAUAUUCUUGCCAGGCACAGAAUCAGGCUGGGAGCCAGACGUGCUCUGCUGUGUUAACAGCUAAAGAGCCAGCUAAAGUCACAGAGGAGGCCAAGUCUAUCAGUGUAACUCAGGGAGAUCCUGCCACACUGGAGGCCAGGUUCUCAGGCACAAAGCCUCUGAAGGCCAAAUGGCUGAAGACUGGCAAGGAGCUGACCUCAGGCCAGAGAUAUAAAGUACAUGGCACAGAUACCAGCUCUGUGCUCAAAAUUAUUAAAACUGACAAAAGUGAUGGUGGUGAAUAUACUUUUGAGGUUUCAAAUGAUGUCGGCCAAAGUUCUUGCGAGGCCACACUCACCAUUCUCGGUCAGUUCUUAAUGUGUAUCCUAGAAUUUAAAAUGGCUGAAUUACAUCUUACAGUGAACAUUGCCUCUCACUCUUUUUUUCUCCUAUCUAUGUCAGAUCAAAUAAUUCCACCAUCUUUUACAAGAAAACUGAAGAAGACAGAAGGUAUCAAAGGAUCGUUUGCUCAUCUGGAGUGUCUUGUAUCUGGCUCCCUGCCAAUAACCAUACAGUGGUACAAAGACGAGAAAGAGAUCCAGACUGAUGAGAAACGCAAAUGCACAUUCUUUGAGAAUGUUGCUUUUCUGGAAAUCUCUAAUCUUAACAGUAAAGAUAGUGGCAACUAUACCUGCAUCGCUAAGAACAAAGCAGGAACUGUUCAGUGCUCCGGGAUCUUGUUUGUCAAAGAACCACCAUGCAUUAUUGAAAAACCUGAAUCCAUGAAUGUUUUGCCUGGCUCAAAAGUCCAGUUUAAUGUGUUGGUCUCUGGCACGCCGCCCCUGACCACCAAAUGGUUUAAAAACAAGAAAGAGAUUACAUCCAGCGCUGAUUGCACUGUGAGCAAAGACAACACCUCAAGCUCACUGGAGCUCUUCUUUGCCAAAACCUCAGAUUCUGGAGACUAUGUCUGUGAAAUACAGAAUGAUGUUGGUUCCACUUCGUGUCAGGCAACACUCUUUGUUAAAGAGCCUCCUAAGUUCACACGGACCCCGGCCCGUAUGUCUGUGGUCCGUCCUGGUCAGAAUAAAGUGUUUGAGUGCCAGGUGACUGGCACACCUGAGAUAGACAUAUACUGGUUCAGAGAAGGCUCUGAGAUCAGCCCCAGCAAUCGGCACAAGAUGGCCUUUGUUAACUCUGUGGCCACUCUGGAAGUCUGUGGGGCUGAUGCCAAAGACAGUGGGCUUUACUACUGCGAGGCUCGCAAUGAGGCUGGCAGUGAGAGCUGCAGCAUGGAGCUCAAGGUCAAAGAACCGCCAUCAUUUGUUAAAGAGCUGGUUCCAACUGAUGUUGUGAAGGGCUCCAGUGUCUGUUUACAAUGUCAGAUUGCUGGGACUGGUCCAUUUGAGAUAACGUGGCACAAAGAUGCAAAGGAGAUCAAACCUAGUGCUAAACAUGGCUUCUCCCAGAUAAAUGGCACUGUGGGUCUAGAGGUGCACAAAUGUGACGCUGUAGAUGUCGGUGAAUACCAGUGUACUAUUGCUAACGAGGUGGGAAGCUGUACUUGUAAGAGUACGCUCAACCUCAAAGAACCACCAACAUUUACCAAGAGGACUGAGAACACUGCCACUGUUCUGGGUAAAAUGGCAGAGUUUCAGUGUAUUGUGGAGGGUUCUCCCACUCUCUCUGUACAAUGGCAAAAAGAUGAGAACUGGAUUUUGGAGGAUCCAAAGAUUGAGAGAACAUUUGAGAACAAUGUGGCCACCCUCAGGAUUUCUGCCUGUGAGGCGACACACAGUGGAAAAUACACCUGCCAGGUGGUUAAUGAGGCUGGGCAGGAUAAGUGCUUUGCCACGCUCACGGUGCAAGAGCCUCCUAACAUCACAGAGAAACCUGAGGUGAUAAAGGUUACAGUCGGAGAUUCAGUCAAUCUGGACUGUAAGGUAACAGGCUCCCCUGAGCUCAAAGUUAAAUGGAUGAAAGAUGGCAGGGAGCUUCAAUCCAUCAGGCAGCACAAGCUGACGUUUGAGAACAACAUCAGCAGCCUAAAGAUUCAGUCUGCUCAGAAAGAGGACGAAGGAGAGUAUGUCUUCGAGGUGGCAAACCACAUCAGUAGCUGUACCUGCAAAGUCAAAGUGAUCGUGCUAGAGCAAGUAAUUGCCCCAAGCUUCAUCAAACCUCUCGUAGACAUGCAAGAGAUUUUGGGCUCCUUUGUUCAGAUUUGUUGCAAAAUAUCUGGAUCCCACCCUAUCUCUGUGGAAUGGCAGAAAGACGGGACCAAAAUCUUGAGUGGUGUAAAACACAAACUGAUUCAGCAGGACAAUUCUGUGUCCGUUGAAAUUGAACAACUAGAGAGAUCUGAUGCAGGAUCCUACUCUUGCAAACUGACCAACGCAGCAGGAAGUUGUGAAUGCAGUGGAUCCCUCAUGGUUAAAGAACCUCCCAGCUUUGUGACACUGCCUGAGUCCCAGGUGGCUCUACCCAACGCCACAGUACGCUUCAAAGGCACAUUUAAAGGAACACCUCCCUUCAUGGUCAAAUGGUUCAAGGACGACACAGAGCUCAUGACCGGGCCCACUUGUUUCACAGGGCUGGAUGGGCUGUCCUGCUUCUUAGAGCUCUAUUCAGUGGGUGUCACCCAGAGUGGAGUUUACUCUUGCCAAGUCAGCAACGAUGCUGGAUCUGUACGCUGUAGUGCAGACUUGACAGUCAAAGAACCACCUGAGUUUGUGCUGAAACUCCCUGCCACAAAGUUUGUGAAGCAGGGUGAGUCACUCCGACUGGAGUGCAAAGUCAGUGGCACAGCCCCUCUGAAAGUGACCUGGUACAAACACGACACCAAGGUCACAGACGGGGGCAACUACAGGACAUCCUUUGUUGACUCAGUAGCAGUCCUGGAACUGCGCUCUACCAGCUUUGAUGAUGAUGGAGUUUACACCUGUGAAGCUCAGAAUGAUGCUGGCAGUGUCAGCUGCAGCACCACACUUACCGUUAAAGACCCCCCCUCCUUUGUCAAAGUACCUCAGCCCGUUGAAGGGCUGAAGGGUAAGGACGUGAGUCUGUACUGCGAGAUGAGCGGUACAGCUCCGUUUCAGAUCACCUGGUUCAAAGACAGGAAACCUUUGAUGGAGAGCAGGAAAUAUAAGAUGGUGAGUGAGGGCAGCUCAGCUACGCUGCAUGUCAUUGGGAUAGAGCCCUCGGAUGCUGGCGAAUACGAGUGCAAAGUGUCAAACAGUGUAGGAAGUGACACCUGCCAGACGUCAGUUAAACUCAGAGAGCCACCAUCGUUUGUGAAGAAACUGUCAAACAUGACAGUGAUACUGGGAGAGGAGGUGACCCUUGUGGCCACUGUUAAAGGCUCUGAACCCAUUACUGUGUCCUGGGUUCAAGACAAGGAUCACAUUCUCAGGGACGGUGACAACAGGAAAAUCACCUUUGAGAACAACCAGGUCGCUCUUAAAGUCUUUAAGGCCGAUGCAACCACGGCAGGCAAAUACACCUGCCAACUCAGAAACGAUGCUGGGAGUGUGGAGUGUUUCGCUAACUUGACUGUUCUAGAACCUGCUAAGAUAGUGGAUAAGCCUGAUGCUCUGAGCGUGACGGCAGGUGACAUUGCCGCCCUAGAAGUCAAAGUGUGUGGAACCCCUGAGCUCACACCUAAGUGGUUCAAGGAUGGUGUUGAGCUGGCCUCCGGGAGGAAAUACAAAAUUUCAUUUUCUCGGAUGAUUUCCAGCCUGAACGUGCUCUCUGCUGAGAAAGUGGACUCUGGAGAAUAUACAUUUGAGGUUAUGAAUGAGGUCGGGAAGGACCUGAGUAAAAUUAAUCUCACUGUUUUAGAUAAGAUCGUACCUCCAACAUUCUCAAGGAAGUUGAAGGAUUGCAACACAGUGGUCGGAGAUGCCGGAGAGAUGGAGUGCAAAGUGUCGGGCUCCCCACCUUAUACCAUCUCAUGGUACCACGAUGGGGAGGAGAUACAGAGCGGGCCAAAUUACGAGAUUUCAUUCAGUAACAACAACUGCAUGCUCAAAGUGCCCACGCUGAAGUUGUCCGACUCUGGAGUGUAUAAAUGUAAAGCUGUCAACAAGGCAGGAUCCAGUGAAACCACAGCCUCCUUGGUUGUAAAAGAACCUCCAUCUUUCGUGGUGCCACCACAGCCGGUGGAAGCCAUGCCAGGCUCAAAUGUGACUUUCUCUGCCAUGGUGAAAGGCAGCGCCCCGCUCAAGCUGAAGUGGUUCAGAGGAACAAAGGAGAUUGUGGCUGGACAGAGCUGUACUUUCUCCCUGAAGGAUAACCAAGUUAUUUUGGAGCUUUACAAUGUGGACAGAACUCACGCUGGAGAGUACACCUGUCAGAUAAUUAAUGAUGCAGGAAAGGAGAGCAGCCCAGUUAAUCUGAUUGUCAAAGAGCCAGCAGCCUUCUCUAAGAAGCUGAAGGACGUGUCAGUUGAAAAGGGCAAACCGUUGACGCUGGAGUGUACGUACACUGGAACUCCUAAAAUCACAGUGAACUGGUACAGAGACGGCCAGCAGAUCUUUGCUUCUUACAAGUACAACAUCACCACGACCGAAAGCUCCUGCAUCCUUGAGUGUCUGAGCACUGACGAUAAGGAGGCUGCAGGGAAAUACUCCUGCGAAGUGUCCAACGAUGCCGGAAAGGACACGUGUGAGGCAGCUGUGUCCAUCCUUGAGCCGGCUUACUUCGUCGAGUCCCUGGAGCCCAUGGAGGUGACAUCAGGAGACGCUGUGUGUCUGAAGUGUCAGGUGGCGGGCACACCUGAGAUCAAGGUGUCCUGGUUCAAGGCGGACGGCAAAGUCAGGUCCAGCCCCACCUGUAAGUUAGAGUACUCGAAAGGCGUCGCCUGUCUGAAGCUCAGCAAGGCUACCAAGGCCGACAUUGGAGAGUACACAUGCAAGGCAGAGAACCGGAUCGGCUCCGCCUCCUCCACCUGCAGACUCAAUGUGCUAGAGGCCAAAACUCCGCCAACCUUCCCCAAGAAAAUCACCAGCCUGCAGCAGACCGAGGGUCAGCCGGUCAGGUUUGAGUGCCGCGUCGCCGGCUCAUCGCCCAUUGAGGUGUCGUGGCUGAAAGACGGUGAGCCUCUAAGGGAGGGAAGCGAGUUCUCCAUGACAUACGACGAUAACACAGCCGUGCUGCAGAUCAGCCGUGGCGAGAUGAGGCACUCUGGGGAGUACGCCUGCGUGGCCACCAACAACGUGGGCUCAGCUUCCUGCAGAGCCAAGCUUACCCUCCAAGAACCAAGAUAUCCUCCAGUCUUUGACAGGAAGUUGUCACCACAGGAGGUGACGGUGGGUGACAGCAUUGAGCUUGAGUGUCACAUGACCGGCUCUGCCCCCAUUAAAGUCACAUGGUCCAAAGACCAUAAAGAUAUUCGCACUGGGGGAAAUUAUAAGAUCAGCUGUGUGGAAAACACGCCCCACCUGACCAUUCUGAAGGCAGAUAAAGCCGAUACGGGGAGAUACUUCUGCCAUGCCUCUAAUGACAUGGGGAAGGACUCUUGUUCCUCUGAUAUCACUGUCAAAGAGCGUAAAAACCCUCCAGUUUUCACCAAAAAGCCCUCGGAGCAGAUCGAGGACAUGGAGGGCAAACUGGUGAAGAUCGAAGGCCGCGUCUCCGGCUCGCAGCCAAUGUCUGUCAGCUGGUUCAAAGACAACACAGAGAUCUACAGCUCCGACAAAUACGACAUCAGCUUUAAGAGUAACGUGGCCGUGCUGUGCAUUAAGAGCAGCCAGGUGGUGGACAGUGGCAGGUACUCCUGCCAGGCCUCCAACGAGGCUGGAAGAGUCUCCUGCGACGUUACUGUGGGCAUCUCAGAGGCCAAGAAAGCUCCGGUGUUUGACGUCCCUCUCAAACCGGUGACGGUGGACGAGGGCGAGAAGCUGAGCCUCAGGUGUCACGUCUGCGGGACUGCUCCACUGAAGAUCCAGUGGAUGAAGGACAGGAAGGACCUGACGUCAGCUGGCAGCACCAGGAUCAGCUUCUCUGACGGUACGGCCUGUCUGGAGAUCAGCCCAGCCUCCAGACACGACGCCGGCGAUUACCUCUGCAAGGCCACCAACGACGCCGGCAGCGAGUUUUGCAAGGCCAAAGUCACCAUCAAAGAGAAACCAGGAGCAGCUCCGGCUCCCGCUGAAGCUCCAGCAGCCGCUCCGACCAAAAAACUGGCAAACCUGUUCUUCAUCGAGGAACCCAAAACUACACACGUCACUGAGAAGGGCACCGCCACCUUCAUCGCUAAAGUGGGCGGAGACCCCAUCCCCAGUGUGAAGUGGAUGAAGGGUAAGUGGAGGCAGAUCACACACGGUGGCCGGAUCUCCAUUGAGCAAAAGGGCCAGGAGGCCAAGCUGGAGAUCAGAGAGGUGACCAAGUCGGACUCGGGUCAGUACAGGUGUGUUGCCUCCAACAAGCACGGAGAGAUUGAGUCCAGCUCCGAAAUGCACGUGGAUGAAAAGAAAGAGUCAGCACAGCUCGAGGGAGACCUCAGAGCCAAACUGAAGAAGACGCCUUCAAAGCAGAAGAGUCCACAGGAGGAGAAGGACAUUGACAUUGUUGAGUUGUUGAGGAAUGUGGACCCCAAAGAGUACGAGAAAUAUGCCCGAAUGUACGGCAUCACUGACUACCGAGGCCUGCUGCAGGCCAUCGAGCAGCUGAAGAAGGAGAAAGCUGAAGAAAGUGGAAGACCGGAACUGGAACGUGGAGACAGAGAGUCUGAUGAAGACAUGGCCCGACUGGUGGCCGACCUGCAGAAGAGGAUGGAGCGGACAGAGCCUGUCACUGUGGUGAAGGACAUCUCCGAUCAGUCAGUCUUCACCAACAAGGAGGCAGUAUUUGAGUGUGAGAUCAAGAUCAACUACCCGGAGAUAACCCUGUCCUGGUACAAGGGCACCCAGAAACUAGACACCAACGACAAGUACGACAUUAGCAUCAGUGGCGACCGCCACCUGCUCAAGAUCAAGAAGUGCCUGUCGUCCGACCAGGGCAACUACCGGGUGGUCUGUGGGCCGCACAUCUCCAGCGCCAAGCUCACCGUCAUGGAGGCGGAGGUUGAAAAGCAUCUGCAGGACACAUCGGGUAAGGAAGGCCAGUCGUGUACUCUGUCUUGUCAGUUGUCCAUCCCUAAUGUAAAGGCUCAGUGGUUUAAAAACGGCAAACAGUUAGAGAUGAAGGGCAGGUACACGUCCGAGGUGAAACACAAGGUUCAGAAGCUUCUGAUCAAAGACCUGAAGCCUGAAGACCAGGGCAGAUACUCCUGCCAGUACCAGCACCUGGAGUCAUCAGCUGACCUCUGGGUAGAAGCUGAACAAAUUCAUUUCACCAAACGCAUCCACAACAUCGAAGUCAACGAGCGCCAGUCGGCCACCUUUGAGUGCGAGGUGUCCUUCGACAACGCUAUUGUUUCAUGGUACAAAGACACCUGGGAACUGAGAGAGAGCCCUAAGUACAACUUCACAAGCGAGGGCCGAAGACAUUUCAUGGUCAUCCGUAACGUGACCAUUGAAGAUGAAGGCGUGUACUCAGUGAUUGUGAGGUUGGAGCCCAGAGGAGAGGCUAAGAGCACAGCUGAGCUUUAUUUGUCUGGCAAAGAAAUUGAAUUAGCAAUGGUGCCCUUCGAUGUCCCAGACUCCUCAGUUCAGAGGCCUGAAGUGCCUUCGUCAGUGGCUAUUCAAGAAUCUGCUGAAUUCUAUCAUUAUGAAGAAGAACAUAGAGAAUCAGCUGAAUAUUCAUAUCAUUAUGAAGAAGAGGUGGAGGUGGAACAGAGAGUCGAGUAUCAGAGCUGGACAGAAGAGACUGUAACACAACAGGUGUCCACAACCAAAGCUGCCAGAGUUCCCAUUGAGGAGACCGUGGAGACCAAGAAAGUUGGAAUGAGAGAGGAGAUCCCAUCAAAAGUUCCCAAAGCUGAGAAAAAGCCUGAAGAAAAGCCAGCACCAGCUUUAAAGGAGCCAUCACCAUCAAAAGUACCUGAGGCCAAAAAGCCAGUGGAGGAAAAGAUUCCUGUAGUUUCAGUCCCAGAGAAGAAGGAAGUUCUUCCUCCCAAAGAACCAGAGGAGGUUAAGAAGCCUGCUGCUGCUCCCUCACUGCCUGCUGAGAAGCCUGGAGUGCCAAAGAAAGAUGAGCACAAACCUCAGGUACCAGCUGAGCCCAAAAAAGUGGCACCCACUGCUAAGCCUGAGCCUGAACCCAAACCCAAACCGAAAGCAGAACCUGAACCAAAGCCUAAGCCCACACCGGCUCCCAAAGCAGAACCUGAAGCCAAACCUGCAGUGAAGGUUGAGCCAGAGCCUGAAGCUAAGCCGGCACUGGUAAAGAAGCCGGCGCCACCACCAUCCAAAGUCCCAGAAGAGGCUGCAAAACCUGAGCCGGCAAAGAUCAAGCCUGAACCAGCAGUAACAAAACCAGAACCAGAAGUCCGAAAACCAGAACCAGAAAAACCAAAACCAGAAGUCAGAAAACCAGAACUAGAAAAAACAAAACCAGAAGUCAGAAAACCAGAACCAGAAAAACCAGAAGUCAGAAAACCAGAACCAGAGCCUCUUGAAAAGAAAAAGCCAGAACCUGCCGUCACCAAGCCAGAACCUCCAGUUGCAAAACCACAGCCUGCGGUGGUCCCCAAGCCUGAACUAGUAGCGAAAAAAGCUGAAGCCGAAGUGAGAGUGCCAAAACCAGAACCAAAACCCACACCAAAGGAACCUCAGAAAAAAGCUGCUGUGGGGGAAAAAAUGCCUGAGCCUCCAAAAGCACCCAAGAAACCAGAACCUGCUGUUGUUCCUCCCAAAGAAGAGCCAACAAAGAAAGAGAAAGCUUUGAAGCCCAAACCUAAACUCUUACCUGAAGAGGUGCCUGAAAAAGUACCUCAGAAGGUGUAUGAUGAGGUAGUCGUGUUGGAGACUGAACCUGAGAGGCUGGCUGAUAAAACACCUGAAGCAGUACCUGAGAGACGGCCUCCAGGGAAAACAGAGGUGAAGGAAAAGACCCCUGAGAGGGUCCCAGAGAGAGUACGGGCACCUGAAAGAAAAGUGGAGGAAAUUCCAAAGAUGGUGCCAGAAAAAGUGCAUGAAAAGGUUGCAGAAAAGCCACCUGAGAAAAAAGUGCAGGAGAAGGCUCCUCCUGAGAGGAAGCCUGUGAAAGUUCCUCAGAAGGUGGCUGAAGAAGAGAGGACUCCUGAGAAGAAGCCACAUGUGGAACUUCCUGUAAAGGUUGAAGAAUUAAAACCUGAAAAGAAACAAACAGAGAGGAUCUCUAUAGAUCAAACAGUUCCUACAAAGACCCCUGAUAAAACACCUGAGAAGGUGCCUGAAGCUAAACCUAGACGAGAGGUAGAAGAAACUGGUCCUAAAGAAAUAGAAAAGAAGAAGAUUGAGAAGAUUCUGCCAACAGAGGUUGAACAAGAGAAAAAAGUCUCUCCUCCAGAAAAAGUUCCUGUGAAGGAGAAAGAGCCAACCCCCCAAGUCAAAGAAGCACUGGUAAAGCCAGCUGCUCCUCAAGAAGAGAGCAAACCGCAGGCUGCUGUUAAGGUUCAAGAAGUUGCCAAAAGGCCUGAAGUCACUGACAAAACCAAAAAGUUGGAGAAGAUAAUUACUCCACAAGAAGAAACAAAGCCAGUGACCAAGCCACAGCCUGUCAUGAAGGCUGAAGAACCAGCCAAGAUGGUUGUGGAAGAAGAAAAAACUAUCGUAGAAAAGAUAUCUCCUGAGACAGAUGAAACCAAGGGACCUGUCCAAGCACCAGGAGGAGUCAAGAAAGAAACGGUUCUGCACAAAAAAGGUAAAAUUCAGUUUGAAGAGGAUGGAACAUUUGAGAUUCCCACUUUGAGGAAAACAACCAGAGUCAUUAAGGAAGUAGAAGAAGAGCAGGAGAUUAUCAAGCUGAAGAAGAUUCCAACUGUUUCACCCCAAGAGGCUGAAGACGAGAAAAAACCUCAGAAGGUCACCAAGACCACAAUCUUCGAUGUUGAGGAGAUGGUGCAUAAAGAAGAGGCUCUUGAGAUGUCAUUCGCCACCAGGAGACCUGUAGAGGAGAAGAAAUCUCGUGAGAAAGCAGAUGUGGUGAAAAAGCCAGAAGUUGUGAAGCCUAAAGAAGAUGAUAAGAAAGAGGCUCAUAAAGAUGCAUGGACCCGCCAGAAACCCAUUCCAAAGGAUGAGAAACCAGAUGAUAAGAUUUCUCUGAAGAAAACUACCAAGGCACCAAAGGAGGAGGAACCAGCCCCAUCUAGUGGGGCAUUGAAGAAAGUGAAAACAUUGCCCUCAGAUGAAGUAGAAGCAGAAAUAGUCAAACUAAAACCAUUUGAAAAGCCUGUUAAACCAGCUGACGAACCAGAGAAAGAUAAGAAGGAGAGGCCAGACAGGGACACUGUGCCUUUCCAGAAGGGAGAGAGGAUCCCAAGAGAAGUGGAAACCAAAGAACUUCCCAAGAAACCUGAGAAAGCUCCCACUGAGGUUAAGGAGCCACCAGCCAAGGUGCCAAAGCCAGUAGAUAAAAAGAAAACUCCAGAAAAAGAGCCUGAGGAGAUCAAACCACCCACCAAGGUGAAGAAAAUCCCAACACAGGAACAAGAGAUAGAAAGCGUCAAGCUGAAGCCCUUCUCCAGGCCUUCCAAAGAGGCUGCAGAGCCUGAAAAGAAACCAGUAGAGGAGAAAGAGAAAAAGCCAACCGAUGACCUGAACCGUCGUCGCACAAGUCCAGAUGAAAAACCAAAGGAACAAGAGCCAGAGGCUAAACCGAAGAAACCUGAGAUCCUACAACCUCCAGAGAAGAAGCCAGAGAAGCUGAAGGAGGUAGAGGCAGUUCCAGCAGAAAAGACUGUGUCUCCUGUGCCCGCUUCUGUUAAAAAACCUGAAAAGGUUCCUGAGGAGCCCAUACCUCUGCAAGUGAAGAAGGGAGUCAUACCAAAGGCAAAAGAAGAGAAGGAAGAAGUGGCUCUGAAGCCUGUGGAGCAGCUCAAGAAGGUUGAGCUAAAAAAGACACCAUCUCCUAAAGUUGAGAAGCUUAAAGAAGCAGAGGCAGUCCCUGUUGAGAAGAGGCCGAGUGUUGAUAGACUUCAAAAGAUUCCUAAAACUGUUUCACCGAAAGAGUCUAUCGAAGCUGUGACUCUUAAAAAAGUCCCAAGGAAGCCAUCACCAGAGGAGGAGAAGGCUGCAGAACCAGCAAAACCUGGUAAAGGGAAGGUUCCCUUGGUGAAAGAGAUUUCUCCUGGAGCUGUGCAGAUGAAAAAGGUUGCCACCCAGCCGGAAGAGGAGAUAUUUGAAGAAGAGUUUCAAGCUGAGGAAGAGGCGGAGCAGGAGGAAGAUGAGGCCUGGGGCUGGGAGCUGGUUCCCCGGGACAGUUAUGGCUCUGAGGACUGGGAAGGUGAAGGAGAGGAAGGUGCUCUGGAGGUUCCAGGGAUAGCCAGGAGAGAGGGACAACCAGCAGAAGAAGCAGGAAGAGGUAGAGGUAGAGGGCUGAAACCCAAGCAGACCCCGUCCCCUGGUGAAGGCAGGGGCCGUGGCCUAAAGCCCGGUGGAAGAGGUCCAACACCACCAGAAGAACCGUUUGCAGGAUUCAAGCUCAAAGCUGUCCCUCUGAAGUUCAUCAAGAAGCUUCAAGACAUAGUGUUAAAGGAAGCCGAGUCUAUUGGCUCAUCUGCUGUGUUUGAGUGUGAGAUCUCACCUUCCACUGCUAUUACUUCAUGGAUGAAAGAUGGCAGUAACCUGCGCGAGAGCCCCAAGCACAAGUUCACUUCUGAUGGCAAAGAUCGCAAGUUGAACAUUAUUGACGUCCAGCUGUCUGACACUGGUGAAUAUACCUGUGUGGCGAAGAACGCUGGCAAGGAAAUAUCAUGCACAGCCAAGCUCAUUGUUGAAGAGCUACCUGUGAAAUGGAUCAAAGAAUUGGAGGAGGAGACUUCAGCUCUAAAGGGUCAGCCAGUGUAUAUGACCUGUGAGUUGAACAAAGAGAGAGAUGUGGUAUGGAAAAAGAAUGGCGAGGUCCUGAAGAAACAGGCCGGCAAGGUUCAGAUCAAUAUCAUUGGUAUGCAACACGCUGUGACCAUCCAGAAUUCCAAUGAGGCGGAUACUGGGAUCUACUCAUGCGAAGUGGCUGGCCAGGAGGAUGUCAAGACUUCCACAAAUGUCAAAGUGAUUGAAAUCAUCAAAGAUUGGAUUGUGAAACCACUGAAAGACCAGCACGUGAAACCGAAGGCUACCGCUACAUUUAAAUGUGAGCUCUUUAAGGACACUCCCAAUUGGAAGUGGAUUAAAGGAGAGAAUGAGGUCACUCCCUCCGACAAGAUUGAGAUCAAAAAGGAUGGAAAGGAGCUGACUCUCACCAUCAAGAACUGUCAGCCUGAUGAUGUAGCAGAAUAUUCCUUGGAGGUGGAAGGACGCACGUAUACUGCCAAGCUAACACUAGGAGAGCGGGAAGCUGAGAUCCUGAAGCCCCUGGCCAGCGUUGAGGUGGUUGAGAAGGAAGAUGCUAAGUUUGAGACAGAGAUCUCUGAGGAUGAUGUUCCAGGAGAAUGGAAGCUCAGAGGAGAGGUUUUGACCAGAUCCCCGACGUGCGACAUCCAAAUGGAAGGUGGGGUGCGUAAGCUCACACUGAAAAAUUGCCAACUGGAUCAGGCCGGAGAAGUGUCCUACCAGGCUCUGAACGCCAUAACCACUGCAAUGCUCAAUGUCAAAGAGCGCGACAUCAAGGUUCUUCGCCCGCUGUACAGCGUGGAGGUCACAGAGACCGAGACAGCCAAGUUUGAGACAGAGAUUUCAGAGGAUGACCUUCAUGCCAUCUGGAAACUGAAGGGAGAGACACUCCACGCAUCUCCCGAUGUGGAGAUCAAGGAGGAAGGACCCCGACACAUUUUGAUCCUCUUCAACUGCAAAAAGGACAUGGCCGGAAGCAUCGACUUCUCGGCAGCGAAUGCCAAAUCCACAGCUCAGCUCAGGGUCAAAGCCCGGGUGAUCGGCCUAAAGAGGCCUCUGAAGGAUGUCACCGUGACUGCUGGGGAGACCGCUACCUUCGAGUGCGAACUGUCAUACGAAGGCAUCGCUGUCGAGUGGUUCCUGGGGGGUACAAAGCUGGAACCAAGCGACAGAGUGGUGUUGAAGACGGAGGGUAAAGUCCACAGCCUGACUCUGCGGGACGUACAGCUGAGUGAAGCUGGACAAAUCAAACUCACCUCCAAGGACUUCCAGACUGAGGGCAACCUCAUCGUCAAAGAGCCUCCAGUUGAGUUCUCGAAGCCUCUUGAGGACCAGACGGUGGAAGAGGAAGCCACCGCCACACUCGAGUGUGAAGUUUCCAGAGAGAACGCAGAGGUACGAUGGUUCAGGGACGGACAGGACAUCCGCAAGACCAAGAAGUACGAGAUGAUCAUCGACGGCCGCAAGAGAGCGCUGGUCAUCCACGACUGCACUCUGGAUGACUCAAAGACGUACACUUGUGACGCUAAAGACUUCAAAACCUCCUGCUUCCUCAACGUUGAACCUCCUCAUAUCGAGUUCUCAAAGCCGCUCCAUGAUGUCGAGGUCAAAGAGAAGGAAUCUGCCAGGUUCGAAUGUGAAGUCUCCAGAAUGGACGUCAAAGUCCGCUGGUUCAAGGAUGGAAGUGAAAUCAGAAAGGGGAAGAAGUACGAAAUAAUCGCUCAAGGUCGCCAACACAUCCUCAUCAUCCACAAGUCUGUGUUUGAUGAUGAGGCUGAAUACGAAUGUGACGCCAAGUCCUCCAAAUCCUCCGGCAUGCUCACUGUCGUCGAGGAGGAAGCGAGGUUCACCAAGAACCUGGCCAACGUGGAGGGAACAGAGACGGACAGCGUGAAGCUGAUCUGCGAGGUGUCCAAACCAAGUGCCGACGUUAUCUGGUUCAAAGGAGACGAGGAGCUGCCAGAGGGCGGCCGCUACGAGCAGAUCGUGGACGGGAAGAGGAGGAUCCUCCUCAUCCAGGACCUUAAGAUUGCCGACGCCGGAGAGUACCACUGCAGGCUGAGUCCAAGCAUCAAAACCUCUGGAAAUCUCAAGAUUAAUGAACUGGCUGCUGAGUUUAUCUCCCGGCCUCACAGCCAGGAGGUGGUGGAGGGCGAGAAGGCCGAGUUCACCUGCUCGGUCUCCAAGGAUACCUUCGAGGUCAAAUGGCUGAAAGACGACAAGGAGCUGGAAGCUGGAGACAAAUACCAGAUGGUCAGCGAUGGCAAGAGACGGACUCUGGUCAUCAAGAACAGUGAGCUCAAAGACGAGGGCGGAUACGUGGUGAUGAUCGGAGCGACCAGAUCCAGCGCUGACCUCACCGUGCUCGAGAAACUGAAGGUCAUCACACCACUGAAGGACACAGAGGUGAAAGAAGGACAGGAAGUGGUCCUGAACUGCGAGGUGAACACAGAGGGAGCGAAGGCCAAGUGGCUGAAGAACGAGGAGACGGUGUUUGAGAGCAGCAAGUAUGUGAUGGUGCAGAGAGACAACGUCUUCUCCCUGAGGAUCAAAGAUGCCCAGAAGGCCGACGAAGCCGACUUCAGCAUCAACCUGAUCAAUCAGAGAGGAGAGCAGGCUAAGAGUUCCUGCAAGCUGUCCGUCAAAGAGGAGAGUCUGAGGAUCGUGGUUCCUCUGGAGGACAUCGACACCCAGGAGAAGACGACCGUGAGCUUCUCCUGCAAGGUCAACCGGCCCAAGGCCACUCUGAAGUGGAUGAAGGGCGGCCAGGAGAUCACCUUCAACAAACGCGUUGUCUACCGGGUGGACAAAGACAAGCACACACUCACCAUCAAAGACUGCACGCUGGCCGACGAGGGAGAGUACACCGCCGUGGCCGGAGAGAACAAGUCAGCUGCAGAGCUGAUCAUCAGUGAGGCCCCGACUGACUUCUCCGUGCAGCUGAAGGACCAGACCAUCACCGAGUUCGAGGACGCAGAGUUCACCUGCAAGCUGACCAAAGAGAAAGCCGACGUCAAGUGGUACAGGAACGGACGCGAGAUAAGAGAAGGACCAAGAUACACAUUUACAAAAGAUGGAAAGAUGUGCACUCUGCGUAUCAAAGAGUGCAGACCCGACGAUGAGUGUGAAUAUGCCUGCGGUGUGGACGAUAAGAGAUCCAGAGCCAGGCUCUUUGUUGAAGAGACCCCAGUGGAGAUUGUCAGACCACCACAGGACGUGUUCGAACCUCCGGGCUCGGAUGUUGUGUUCGAGGUGGAGCUGAACAAGGACAGAGUGGAGGUGAAAUGGUUGAGAAACAAUAUGACGGUUGUCCAGGGAGACAAAUACCAGAUGAUGAGCGAGGGUAAAGUCCACAGACUUCAGGUCUGUGAGAUCAGACCUCGGGAUCAGGGAGAAUACAGAAUUAUCGCCAAAGACAAAGACGCCAAGGCCAAGCUGGAGCUGGCAGCUGUGCCUAAGAUUAAGACCACGGACCAGAGCUAUGUCACAGAUGCCAGGAAGCCCAUCGCCAUGGCCGUCCCCUACAGCGCCUACCCACAGGCUGAGGCCGACUGGCUGUACAACAACCUGAGUCUGCCCAAAGACAACAUCUACACAUCCGCCGACCGCACAGAGUACCGGCUGAAGGACCCCAUGAAGUCUGACGAAGGCCGCUACAAGAUCAUGAUUAAGAACAAACAUGGACAGGGAGAAGCCUUCAUCAACCUGCAAGUCAUCGAUGUCCCGGGACCCGUGAAGAACCUGCAGGUGGUCGACACUGCCGAUGGCGAGGUCAGCCUGGCAUGGGAGGAGCCCGAGAGCGAUGGCGGCAGCAAGGUCAUUGGCUACGUGGUGGAGAGACGCGAUGUGAAGCGUAAGACCUGGACCCUGGCCACAGACCACGCAGAGAGCCCUGAGUUCACAGUGACCGGCCUCCAGAAGGACUCCAUGUACCUGUUCAGAGUCUGUGCCCGAAACCGGGUCGGCAGCGGACCCUACGUAGAGACCGACAAACCUGUACAGGCCAAGAACAAGUUUGAUGUUCCCGAAGCUCCUCUGAACGUGAUCGUUGGAAACGUCACCAAGUUUGGCUGCACCAUCUCCUGGGAGCCUCCCGUGUCGGACGGAGGUUCUCCUAUCACCUCUUACAUCAUUGAGCUGCGCGACAGGACGUCUGUGAAGUGGUCGCCUGUCCAGCUGACCAAAGCCGAUGAGCUGAGCGCCAUUAUAAACGACGUCAUCGAGAACAAAGAAUACAUCUUCAGAGUCAAAGCUGAGAACAAAGCUGGCGUCGGCAAGCCCAGCGCUGCCUCACAGCCCGUCAAGAUCAUGGAUCCCAUCGAGCCUCCCAGCCCCCCUCUGAACCUGGUCUGGGAGGACCAGAACAAGAACUCAGUGCAGCUCACCUGGGAGACUCCUCUAAGGAACGGAGGCAGCAUGAUUACUGGAUACAUCAUCGAACGCUGCGAGGACGGCACCAACAAGUGGCUCCGCUGCAAUGCCCGCCUCUGCCCCGACCUCUUCUACAAGGUGUCUGGUCUGAAAUACGGAACCAUGUACAACUACAGAGUGUUUGCUGAAAAUGCUGCCGGACUCUCAGACCCGUCAAACACCAUUGGACCUCUGCUGGCCGACGAUCCACAUGUCGGUCCGACCUUCGACCUAAGCGGUUUCAAAGACGGCCUGGAGGUGAUUGUGCCCCAGCCACUCACCAUCAGAGUCCCCAUCACCGGAUACCCAACCCCCAUGGCCAAGUGGACCUUCGAAGAGAAGGAGCUGACCACCGCUGACGAACGCAUCACCAUGACAACCAAGUCCACAUUCACAGAACUGAUUAUCACACCGAGCGUCCGCCCAGACAAAGGCACCUACACCCUGCACCUGAAGAACAACGUCACGUCUGUCUCCGGAGAGAUCGAAGUCAAUGUCAUCGCGGCGCCCAGCGCUCCGAAGGACUUUAAGGUUUUGGAGGUGACCCGACAGCACGUCCACCUGAGCUGGGAGGCUCCAGAGCACGACGGAGGAAGCCCUCUGACCGGCUACCAGGUGGAGAAACGGGACAUGUCCCGCAAGACCUGGGUCAAGGUGGUCACAGGAAUCCAGGAUCUGGAGUUCACCGUUACCGACGUGGUUGAAGGAAAGGAGUAUCUGUUUAGAGUCACCGCCUGCAACAAGUGCGGACCAGGAGAGCCGGCGUACAUCGACGAGCCUGUCAACGUCUCCUCUCCUGCCACCAUCCCCGACCCUCCGGAGAACCUGAGGUGGAGAGACAAGUCGGCCAGCGGCAUCUUCCUGACCUGGGAGCCACCAAAGUACGACGGUGGCACGGGUAUCCGAGGCUACAAUGUGGACCGCUGCCAGAGAGGAACCGAUAAGUGGGAGCCCUGCGGGGACAUGGUACCUGAACUGAAGUGCCAGGUGACUGGUCUGAUUGAGGGCCAGUGGUACUCCUACAGAGUCCGUGCCCUGAACCGACUCGGAGCCAGCCAGCCCUGCAAGGCCACCGACGAGAUCCAGGCCGUUGAUCCCAAAGAGCCUCCAGAGAUCCAGCUGGACGCCAAGCUACUGGCCGGUCUGACUGCCAACGCUGGCAGCAAGAUUGAACUCCCCGCCGAGGUGACGGGUAAGCCCGAACCCCGUGUGAAAUGGACCAAGGCCGACCUGGUCCUCAAACCAGACGACAGGGUGUCCAUUGACACCAAGCCAGGACACUCCACCGUCACCAUUGCCAAGACCAAGAGAGACGACAGCUCUACCUAUAUCAUUGAGGCCACCAACAGCAGUGGCCGUGCUACUGCCACUGUCGAUGUCAACAUCCUCGAUAAGCCCGGUCCUCCGGCUGCCUUCGACAUCUCCGAGAUCACCAACGAGUCCUGCUUCCUGGCCUGGAACCCUCCACGUGACGAUGGCGGCUCCAGAGUCACCAACUACAUCGUCGAGCGCAGAGCUGCCGACAGCGAGAUCUGGCACCGACUGUCUUCCACCAUUAAACAGACCACGUACAAACCCGUGGGCCUGGUCAAGUUCAAGGAAUACAUCUUCAGAGUCUUCGCUGAGAACCAGUUUGGUGUUGGCCCACCAGCUGAACACCCAUCCAUCAUCGCCAGAUACCCCUUCGACACUCCUGGAGCUCCUUACAAGCUGGAGGCUUCAGACAUCGCAAAGGACUCCCUGAGUCUGGCCUGGUACGAGCCCGAUGAGGACGGAGGAAGCCCCAUUACAGGAUACUGGGUGGAGAGAUACGAACCCGACCACGACAAGUGGAUCAGAUGCAACAAGCUGCCCAUCAAAGACACAAACUACAGAGUCAAAGGACUCCCCACCAGGAAGAAGUACAAGUUCAGAGUCCUGGCUGAGAAUCUGGCUGGAACUGGAAAACCCAGCAAAGAGACAGACCCGAUCCUUGUCAAAGAUCCUAUCGAUCCUCCAUGGCCUCCCGGUAAACCUACGGUGAAGGACGUGGCCAAGACUUCCUGCUUCCUGAUGUGGACCAAACCGGAGCACGACGGUGGAGCAAAGAUCGACGGCUACAUUAUUGAGAUGCUGAAGAGUGGUACCAUGGAUUGGAUCCGCGUGGCGGAGGACAUCAACAUCCUGGAGCACUUCCUGAAGGGACUGAUGGAGAAGCAAGAGUACUCGUUCAGGGUGCGAGCUGUGAACAUGGCUGGAGAGAGCGAACCCAGCGAGCCCAGUGACCCAGUGCUCUGCAAAGAGAGACUCAACCCUCCUUCAGCUCCUCGCUGGUUGGACGUGGUCAGCAUCAGCAGGAACAGCGCCGAGUUAAAGUGGACGGUUCCCGAGCGUGACGGAGGCUCCAAAAUCACCAACUACGUGGUGGAGAAGCGUGACGUCAGGCGUAAAGGCUGGCAGGCCGUUGACACCACAGUGAAGGAGGUGAAGUACACUGUGAAGCCGCUCAACGAAGGAUCGCUCUAUGUGUUCCGCGUCGCUGCAGAAAACGCCGUGGGUGUUGGACCGUUCUGCGAGCUCACAGACUCUGUGCUGGCCAAAGACACUUUCACCACUCCUGGGCCACCAUACGCCCUCGCUGUCAAUGCUGUGAGCAAAAGAUACGUGGACCUGCAGUGGGAGGCUCCUAAAAAUGACGGUGGCCGACCCAUCCUCAGGUAUUCCUUGGAGAAGAAGGAGAAGCUUGGAACCCGCUGGGUAAAAUGCGGGAAGACUUCAGGUCCAGACUGUAAGUACAGAGUGACAGACGUCAUCGAGGGAACAGAGGUUCAGUUCCAGGUCAGAGCCGAGAACGAGGCUGGUGUCGGCCACCCAAGUGAGCCCACCGAGAUCCUCACCAUCGAAGAUCCAACAGGCACCCCAUCACCACCCGUCGAGCUGCAUGUGACCGGAGCCAGCCGUGACUUCCUGGCCAUUGCCUGGAAGCCUCCACUGAGAGAUGGCGGCUGCCCCAUCAGCGGCUACCACAUUGAGAUGUGUGAGGCCGGGACAGAGAAGUGGAUGAGGGUCAAUUCUCGGCCAGUGAAGGAGCUGAAGUACCGCGUGGAAGAGGGCGUGGUCCCCGAGAAGGAGUACAUCCUGAGAGUGAGGGCCAUCAACGCCAUCGGAGUCAGCGAGCCAUCCGACAUCUCUGAAAACGUCUUCGCCAAAGAAUCCGACUGUAACCCGACACUGGAAUUCCAGACUCUGGAUCUGGUUGUUGUGGAAACAGAGAAGCUGCACAUCCCAGUUCCCUUCAGAGCCAUCCCCUCACCCAGAAUCACCUGGCACAAAGACGGCAAGGAGCUAAAGGCCGACGAACGCCUCGGCUUCAGGAAGGAGUAUAUUUCCUGUCACCUGGAGGUUGAGAGCAGCCUUCACGCCGAUGCCGGACAGUACAAAGUGACUCUGGAGAACAAACUGGGAGCUGCCAGCGCCACCAUCAACGUCAAAGUCAUCGGUCUUCCUGGUCCCUGUAAGGAAAUCCUGGCCUCUGACAUCACAAAGAGCUCCUGCAAAGUUACCUGGGAUCUUCCAGACUACGAUGGCGGCAGCCCGAUUCUUCACUACGUCCUGCAGCGGCGUGAGGCCGGCAGAAGGACGUAUGUCAACAUGAUGUCCGGAGAGAACAAGGUGAGCUGGAACGUGAAAGACCUCAUCCCCAACGGAGAAUACUACUUCAGAGUCCAGGCUGUCAACAAGAUCGGAGGAGGAGAGUUUGUCGAGCUCCGCAACCCCGUCAUUGCUGAGGACCAGAAACAUGCUCCUGACCCGCCGGUGGACGUGGAGACCCAUAACCCCACAUCAAGCACCAUCACUCUGACCUGGAAGCCACCCAUGUAUGACGGUGGCGCCAAGAUCAUGGGCUAUGCCCUGGAGAAGCAGCAGAAGGGAGAGGACAAGUGGGAGAGGUGCAACGACUUCCUUGUGCCUGUCCUGUCCUACACCGUCAGAAGGCUGACGGAGGGCAAGAACUACUCCUUCAGAGUCAAAGCUGAAAACGCCGCCGGGGUCAGCGAGCCGUCACGCAACACACCAUUCGUCAAGGCCUCGGACAGCAUCGAUCCUCCGAAGGUUUUCCUGAGUGGCAGCCUGCAGUCCGGUCUCAGCGUAAAGCGAGGCUGCGAGAUCUGCCUGAACGCCAACAUUUCUGGCUCGCCUUACCCUCAGAUCACCUGGUACUGGAACAACCAGGUGAUCCGGCCUGAGCCGCUCCGCAAGAGGCCCGAAAAACCCCUGAAGAAGAAGGUAGAGAAAAAGGAAGAGGAAAAGAAGGAGGAGGAGAAAAAGGAGAAGGGAGAGGCCGAGAAGAAGGAAGAGAAGGCUGGAGAGGUGAAGGAAGGAGAAGAGAAGAAGGAAGGAGAGGAUAAGAAAGAGGAGGAGAAGAAGGAGGAUGAGAAGAAGGAAGAGGAGUCAGCAGUGCCUGAGGUGGAGGAGACCGACUACCCGACAAUAAACGAACGUCUGACCAUCAACAACAGCAACAGGGGCGAGUCCUCUGUGGUCAUCAAGGACUCGAUCCGCACCGACCAUGGCGUCUACAUGGUGAAGGUGGAGAACGACCACGGCAUCGCCUCGGCAACCUGCGAGGUCAACGUGCUCGAUACUCCUGGGCCUCCUGUGAACUUCAAAUUUGAGGAAGUGAGGAAGAACUCUGUUAUCUGCAAGUGGGAUCCUCCUCUGGACGAUGGCGGCAGUGAAAUCCUCAACUACACUCUGGAGAAGAAGGACAACUCGAAGCUGGAGAUCGGCUGGAGCUGCGUCACCUCCACACUGAGAGGUUGCCGCUACCUGGUGCCCAAACUCAUUGAGAAAAAGGAGUACAUCUUUAGGGUUGUGGCUGAGAACAAGUUUGGCGCUGGUCCAUACUGCAUCUCCAAACCACUCAUCGCCAAGAAUCCUUUCGAACCUCCCGAGGCUCCUGACAAGCCAGAGAUUGAUGACAUUACAGCCCACAGCAUGCUGGUCACAUGGAACAAGCCAAACGAUAAUGGCAGCCCCAUCUUGGGAUACUGGGUGGAGCGCCGUGAGAUCAACAGUUCGCACUGGGCACGUGUCAACAGGAACAUCGUCAGUGACACUGAGCUGAAUGUUGAAGGUCUACUGGAGGGUCUGACUUACAUCUUCAGGGUGGCGGCUGAAAACCAAGCCGGCCCCGGAAAGUUCAGUCCCCCCUCUGAACCCAAGACAGCCCAGGCUCCGAUCCUACCUCCUGGACCUCCAGUUGCUCGAGUGUUGACAACUACUGACCACUCCAUUGAAGUGGAAUGGGACCCACCUGUUGACAACGGUGGAGGAGACAUCCUGGGAUACCACGUGGAUAAGGCCGUGGCUGGGAGCAAGGACUGGUCCAGGUCUACAGAGCGUCCCUGGAAGAACCGCGUCUUCACUGUCUAUGGAGUCCGUGAGGGAGCCAAGUACCUGGUCAGAGUCAUUGCCUGCAAUGCUGCCGGAGAAGGAACACCAGGAUUCACAGAGUCUGUGUUCGUCAGGAAUCCUGCAGAGGUGCCUCUGAUUGAACUGGAACUGUCCGUCAAGAGUGGUGUGAUAAUCAGAGCUGGAGAGAUACUCCGUGUACCUGCUACAGUCACAGGUAAACCAUACCCGUCCAUCACCUGGACUAAAGACGAUGCCAAACCUGACAAAGACCGUGUGGAGAUCCUCACUGAGGGCAACGACAGUGUUGUUUCAAUCAAGAAUGUUCAGAGGAAGGACAGUGGCAAAUACCACAUCUCUGCUUGCAACCCCAGUGGCAUCAAGGCUGCUUCCAUCAGAGUGGAGGUCAUGGAUGUCCCCGGACCCGUCACAGACCUGAAGCCUGUUGUUGUCACUCGCAAGAUGAUCUUCUUGAACUGGGAUGACCCAGAGGAUGACGGAGGUAGCGACCUGACCGGCUUCAUUGUGGAGCGAAGAGACGCCAAGAUGCACACAUGGAGGCAGCCUGUUGAAACUGCUUCAUCCAAGUGUGAAUGCGUUGGCAUAAUGGAGGGACAGGAGUACUUCUUCCGGGUCAUCGCCAAGAACAAGUACGGCAUGGGCCCGCCUGUCGAGCUGGGACCCAUCAAGGCUGUGGACCCACAGGGCCCACCAUCAUACCCCGAGAAGUUUCACUACAUUGAACGCACCAAGAACUCCAUCACAUUUUCUUGGAAGCCACCACGUAAUGAUGGUGGCAGCCCUGUCAUUGGCUACUUUAUUGAGAAGAAGAGGCAGGACCAGCCGGCCUUCGAGCCCUGCAACACAGAGAUUUGCCCCAACAUGACCAUGACCGUUGAGGGUCUGGAAGAGGACUGGAUGUAUGAGUUCAGGAUCAAGUGCGCCAACCUAAUCGGAGAGAGCGAGCCAUCUAUCCCGUUAACUGUGGUCAUCCAAGAUGAUGAAGUGUCUCCUGAGGUCCACAUGCUGAAGCACUUCAAGGGCGACUCCAUUACCGUGAAGAAGGGUGAGCCCAUUGAGAUCCCUGCUGAUGUCCUCGGCCUACCCAUCCCGAAGGUGGAGUGGACCAAGGAUGACGUAGUAAUUGACACGCCCACCGAGGCUCUGCUGAUAGAGACAGUAGAUACUGGCAGGAUGAACUGCAAGACCACACUGACCAUCCCAACAGCCAACAGGAGGGACCGUGGCAGCUACACUGUGUCUGCCUCCAACAACAUGGGCUCAGCCAAGCACACCAUCUUUGUCAUGGUUCUAGACCGGCCACUUCCACCCAGGAAUAUCACAGUGUCUAACAUCAGGGCGGAAUCUUGCUACCUCCAGUGGGACGCACCACUGGAUAAUGGUGGCAGCGAACUUACCAACUACAUUGUUGAGAGGAAGGACGUGGUGACAGAGGAGCCAGAGCUGGAAGAGGGACAGGAAGCUCCUCCGGAACCACAGUGGGUGGAGGUUACCAACAGCAUCAUUGAGAGGAAAUACGGGGUGUGGAACCUGGAGACCAACAAGACCUACCUGUUCCGGGUCAGAGCCGAGAAUCGCUACGGCAAAUCUGACCCCUGCGCAACAGAAGAAGUCCAGAUCACAGAUCCAUUCGGCCUUCCUGGCCCACCAGAGAAACCAACCAUUGCACAAUACUCUAAGACCUCCAUGACCCUAACCUGGCAGCCACCCAGGGACAACGGCGGCUCUAUGAUUAUCGGUUACUGGCUGGAGAAGAGGGAGAAAGGCACUGACUACUGGGCCAGAGUCAACAAAAUGCCGGUUACCAAGAGGGGCAUGAAAGGCUGGGAGUACCAGGUGACUCGUCUGUUUGAAGGAACAGAGUAUGAGUUCAGGGUUGCUGCCUGCAACUCUGCAGGAACUGGACCAUUCAGUGGACCUUCCGACUCUGCCUUCGCUGUCGAUCCAAUCACUCCUCCAAGCAUGCCUGCUGCUCCUGAGGUGGCCGAUAAGACAAAGCACAGUGUCACCCUGUCCUGGAAGCCACCAGAGAGGGACGGAGGAAGCCCCAUCAAGGGCUACAUCAUCCAGAUCCAGGAUGAGGGCACAUCAGAGUGGCUGAGUGUGAACGACCCAGAAUCACCGCACCCCACCACUGAGUUCACUGUGCCCAACCUCCGUGCGCUGAAACGCCACCGCUUCAGGAUCAUUGCUGUGAACGAUAUCGGCGAGUCCGACCCCAGCCCCCGCACUAGCGAGGUUCUGAUUGAAGACGUCCAGCUUGCACCUUCCAUCAAUAUUGACGUAGUCGUAGAUGAUCUGCUGUGCAUCCGUGCUGGAGAUCCAAUCAGGAUCCCUGCCACCAUUAAGGGCCGCCCUGCUCCCAAAGUAACCUGGGAAUUUACUGGCAAAGCCAAGUCCCACAAGAAGAACAAACUGCACACGCUACCUGUGGAUUCUGAGGUUGAGUCCACUGACACCACAUCCAUUGUGACAGUCCCUGUCAGUCUGAGGAGCCACUCUGGACGUUACACCAUCACUGCCAAGAACAAAUCCGGACAGAAACAUGUCAAUGUCAGAGUCAACGUCCUUGACGUCCCUGGAGCACCAAAGGAGCUGAGGGUUACUGACAUCACCCGAGCGACAAUGAGGCUUAUCUGGAAACUCCCCGACACCGACGGAGGAGAGAGAAUCAAGAGCUACUUUAUUGAGAAGAAAUGUAUCACUGACAAGGCCUGGACAAAGGUGAAUGCAGCCUGUGCCAGCCAAGCCUACGUGGUUCCAGGCCUGCUAGAAGGUCAGGACUACCUGUUCAGGGUCCGAGCUGAGAACAGACUUGGAUUCGGCCCAUUCACUGUCACCACUGAACCUGUCCGGGCCAGAGACCCCAUCUACCCACCCGACCCCCCCACCAAGGUGAAGGUCAACCUGGUGACAAAGAACACAGUCACAUUGACCUGGGAGGCUCCCAAAAACAAUGGUGGCUCUCCAGUGAAGCAUUACAUCAUCGAGCGUUUGAGCUGGGACACCAGCGGCAAGGAGAAGGAGACCUGGAAGCAGUGCAACAAGAGAGAAGUGGAGGAACUCACCUUUGUGGUUGAGGACCUGAAGGAGGGAGGAGAAUAUGAGUUCAGAGUAAAAGCUGUGAACGCUGCUGGACCCAGCCGACCCUCCGCCACUGCUGGACCCCUGGUCAUCAAGGAUCAGACAUGUGCCCCCAUCAUUGAGCUUCGUGAGGCCAUGGAGGGUGAGGAGGGCUGCGAUGUCAGCAUUGUGGCGAAGGUGAGCGGCUGUCCGUUCCCCACACUCACCUGGCAGAAAGCCAGCCUGGCCAAACCUGAGGAGAAGGCUGCCGUCCAGUAUGACCAGCACAUCAACAAACUGGUGACCCAGGACAAGUGCACGCUGCUAAUCCAGCAGGCCAGCAGGAACGACAGUGCCCUCUACAGCCUGACGGCGAGCAACAGCCUGGGUACCGUCACCAAGGACAUCAAGCUCUGCGUGCUAGGACCUCCCGGCCCUCCUGUCGCACCCCUCAAGUUCACUGAGGUGUUUGCGGACAGGAUUGGCCUGGCCUGGAACCCUCCCACAGACGAUGGUGGAUCUAAGAUCACCAACUACGUGGUUGAGAAGCGCGAGGAUAACAGGAAGUCCUGGGUCCAUGUCUCCAACGACCCCAAGGAAUGCGCCUACGUGGUGAACCGCCUCACUGAGAACCACGAGUACGAGUUCAGAGUCAUGGCCCAGAACAAGUUCGGAGUCGGGCCUCCGCUGGUCAGCGAGCCUGAGAAAGCCAGAAACCUCUUCACCGUCCCGGGUCAGUGUGAGAAACCAACCGUGACAGACGUCUGUCUGGAGUCGAUGACCGUCAACUGGGACGAGCCCAAGUACGAUGGAGGCUCCUCCAUCACCGGCUACAUCAUCGAGAAGAAGGAGACCACCUCCAAGCGCUGGGCCCGCGUCAACCGCGACCCGAUCCGAGCGCUGCCACUCGGCAACAACUGGGACGUCACCGGCCUGUUGGAAGUCGCUAUGUACCAGUUCAGAGUCAUCGCUGUCAACGCUGCAGGCUGUGGUCUGCCCAGCCUGCCCUCUGACCCUGUACUCUGCAGAGACCCAAUAAAGCCUCCUGGGCCACCCAUCCCGAAGGUGACGGACUGGACGAAGUCGACAGUGGAGCUGGAGUGGAUCCCUCCUGUGUUGGACGGAGGGUCAAAGGUCACAGGCUACAUUGUGGAGUACAAGGAGGUGAACAAGGAGGAGGAGGAGAAGAAAGCUCAAAGGAGGCUGCUGCUGAGUGACGCUGAUGAGGAGAAGGAGCCCGAGGCAGAGGACACAUGGGAGAAGGGGAAGGACACAGAGAUCAGAGGAACCAAGUUCGUGGUGGCCGGUCUUAAGGAAGGCGGUCUGUACCGCUUCAGAGUCCUAGCUGUGAACGUUGCUGGAGUGGGAGAACCAGGAUUCGUGGCUGAGCUGAUCGAGGUCAAAGACAGAACAAUUCCUCCUGAGAUGGAUCUGGAUGCCUCCGUGAAGGAGAAGAUCGUGGUCCACGCCGGUGGCACCAUCCGCAUCAUUGCUUACGUGUCCGGCAAACCCGUGCCACAGAUCAACUGGUGCCGCGACGACGCUGACGUGCCCAAAGAAGCUGUGGUAGAGAAAACGGGCAUCUCCAAUUCACUGAUCAUCAAGAACUGCAGGCGCCAACACCAGGGCAUCUACACCCUGAGCGCCAAGAACGAGGGAGGAGAGAGGAAAAAGGCCGUCAUUGUUGAGGUCCUGGACGUCCCCGGACCAGUCGGCCUUCCUUUCGCUGGCGAGAAUCUGACCAACGACUCCUGUAAGCUGACCUGGUACUCCCCUGAGGAUGACGGUGGCUCUGCCAUCACCAACUACAUCAUCGAGAAGAGGGAGUCAGACCGCAUGGGCUGGACGUCAGUGUCCUACACUGUGACAAGGAACAACGCCGUGGUGCAGGGACUCAUCGACGGCAAGGGCUACUUCUUCAGGAUUGCAGCCGAGAACAUCAUCGGAAUGGGACCUUUCAUCGAGACUGACAAAAUGGUUCUCAUCAAGGACCCCAUCUCUGUUCCGGAGCGUCCAGAGGACUUGAUUAUUACUGCCGUUACCAAGGACUCCAUCUCCGUCACCUGGAGACCACCCAAGUACGACGGCGGCGCUGAGGUGACCGAGUACGUCCUCGAGUCCCGCAUGAUCGGCCGGGACACCUUUGUACGAGUAGGUGCAGAGGACAAGCUGAUGGACAGGAAGUUCACACUGACAGGGCUGAAGGACGGCUCGAGCCAUGAGUUCAGAGUCUCUGCCAUCAACCAGGUGGGACAGGGCAAACCGUCCUUCGCCACCAAACCUGUCCAAUGCAAGGACGAGCUCGAACCACCUACUCUGGACCUGGACUUCAGGGACAAGAUGAUGGUGAAGGUAGGAGACAGCUGCACACUGUCGGGACGCUACACUGGAAAACCGACCCCGGCUAUCACCUGGACAAAGAAUGAUGAGGAGCUGAAGGCGGAUGAGGAGAUCGGCCUCCACAGCACCGGCCACCACCUCAGCCUCAACAUCAGCAAGGCCAAGAGAGAGCACAGCGGCCGCUACUGCGUCAGCGUGGAGAACGCCGCCGGACCUCGCACAGGAAUCUGCACCAUCACCGUGGUCGACCGUCCUCAGCCUCCGGAGGGCCCUGUGGUCUUCAACGAGGUCUACAGGAACUACAUGGUGAUCUCCUGGAACCCUCCUCUGGAUGACGGAGGCUGCGCUGUCUCCAACUACAUCAUCGAGAAAAGAGACACCAACAGAGACCUGUGGAUGCCCGUCACCUCGUCCUGCACCAGGACCUCUUGCAAGGUGCCAAAGCUGAUCGAGGGUCGUGAAUACAUCAUCAGGAUCAUGGCUCAGAACAUCUACGGCAUUAGCGACCCCUUGCUGUCUGCAGAGACCAAGGCUAGAGACGUCUUCAAGGUGCCCGACGCUCCUAAACAGCCCACAGUGAAGGAAGUUUACCACGACUCCGCCCUCAUCAGCUGGGAGCCUCCUGCCGACGGAGGAAAACCAAUCACAGGCUACAUUGUGGAGAGGAAGGAGACCAUGGCCAACAGGUGGGUUCGCUGCAACACAGAGAGAAUCUUUCCGAAGGUGGAGUACUGGGUAACAGAGCUGCUGCAAGGUUGUGAGUACGAGUUCAGAGUCAGCGCUGAGAACGUGGUGGGAGCCGGAGACCCGAGCCCGCCAUCCAAACCCGUCUUCGCCAAAGAUCCCAUUGUGAAACCCAGUCCACCAGUGAAGUUCGGAACCAUCGACUUUACCAAGGAAUCUGUGACUCUGUCCUGGCAGCCUCCCACUGACACUGGCAGAGGAAAGAUCUUAGGAUAUCUACUGGAGUUCCAGAAGGCUGGAGAGGAGGAGUGGAGCAAGGUGAACCAGACUCCUGACUCCUGCCAAGAGACCAAAUUUAAAGUGAUCAACCUGGAUGAUGGUUCUCUGUACCGCUUCAGAGUCAUGGCUGUCAAUGCUGCUGGAGAGUCCGACCCGGCUAACCUUAAGGAGCCGAUCAGAGUGAUGGACAGACUUGAGCCCCCAGAGCUGAUUCUGGAUGCUGGAAUGACCCGGGAGGUGAAGGCCAUGGCUGGCACUCACAUCACACUGAUGGCCACCAUCAAUGGUGUUCCAUUCCCCACCGUCACCUGGAAGAAGAAUGACGCCGAUGUACCCACAAGGGCAGACAUUGAGACAAACCAGGCAGGCACCAAGCUGGAGAUGAGGUUCUGUAACCGUGGUGACUGUGGAGACUACACCCUCACUGUGGAGAACCCUGCUGGAUCCAAGACUGCCACCUGCACCGUUCUGGUCUUUGACAAACCUGGUCCCAUCCAGCACCUCCGGGUGUCUGACAUCAGGAGUGACUCUGCUUACCUGUCCUGGAAGGACCCAGAGGACAACGGUGGUGCUCGCAUCACAAACUUUGUGGUAGAGAAGAAAGACACUGCAUCCACUCAGUGGGUCCCUGUCUGCUCCACAUCCAAGAAACGCAGCAUGAUGCUGAAGCACCUGAUGGAGGGCACAUCCUACUCAUUUAGAGUUGCUGCUGAGAACCAGUACGGCCGCAGCGAAUACAUUGAGACGCCAAAGGCCAUCAAAGCAAUGAACCCACUCUUCCCUCCUGGUCCUCCCAAAGACCUGCACCACAGCGACGUGGACAAGACUGAGGUGUGGUUGGUCUGGAACUGGCCAGAUCGCAAUGGAGGAAGUGAGAUCACAGGAUUCCUGGUGGAGUAUCAGGAAGAGGGAGAGAGGGAGUGGGACGAAUGGAAGACUGUCAGCAUCCCUGAGAGUCAUGUGACUGGCCUGGAGGAAGGAAAGACAUACCGCUUCAGAGUGAAGGCUGAGAAUGCCAUUGGCCUCAGCAGACCUGACACCACUGUGCCUAUCCUCUGCCAGGAAAAACUGGUGCCUCCAAUUGUUGAGGUGGACGUUAAGCUGAUUGAAGGCAUCAUCGUAAAGGCUGGCACCACCAUCAGGCUGCCAGCUAUCAUGAGAGGAAUCCCUGUUCCCACUGCCAAAUGGACCAUUGAAGGAGAGGAGAUCACCAGCGAGGGCAACAUCAAGAUCGACACUGACAACUUCUCCACUGUGCUGAGCAUUAAUGAGUGCACCAGGAAUCACUCUGGAACCUACCUGCUCACUGUGUCCAACCCAGCUGGAACCAAGACAGUUGCCUUGAACGUCACUGUCUUGGACGUUCCCGCUGCUCCCAUAGGACCUGCCAACAUCCUGGAGGUCACUCCAGAUUCCAUGGUGAUUGAAUGGCGUCCUCCCAAGGACGAUGGUGGUAGCCCUGUCACCAACUACAUUGUGGAGAAGAGAGAGUCAAGCAAGGAGACCUGGGGAGGUGUGAGCUCUGGGAGCCUUGCCACCCAGCUCAAUAUCACCCGCCUGCAGAAGGGAGUGGAAUAUGUGGUUCGCAUUCGUGCUGCGAAUAAAAUGGGCAUUGGCGCUCCACUGGAGAGCAAGCCCACCGUUGCUGAGCACUCUUUCAUGCCACCCAGCCAGCCUGGUAAGCCACAGACCUCUGAUAUUGCAGAGGAUGCUGUUACAGUUGGCUGGACCAUGCCCCUCUCUGAUGGUGGUAGCCAGAUAUCCGGCUACAUCAUUGAGCGCAGACACAAAGGAGGAAAAUGGAUCCGUGUCAACAAGACACCCUGCAAGGACCUGAGGUACAGAGUCUUGGGUCUGUUUGAGGGCAAUGAGUACGAGUUCAGAGUGUUUGCUGAGAAUAUUGCCGGUUACAGCGGCCCCUCUCCCAUCUCUGACCCCUGCAAGCCCUGCAGGCCCAUCACCAUCCCCGGCCCCCCUGUCAACCCCAAAGUUAAAGAUUACAGCAAGACCACCGCUGACCUUGUGUGGACCAAACCCAACAAAGAUGGAGGCAGCCCCAUCCUGGGCUACAACGUGGAAAUGAAGAAAGCCGAUACUGAAGAAUGGAAAAAAGUUAACCUCGAUGACUUCAUCAAGCAGUGUGCCUACAGGGUGAAGGGUCUGGAGGAGGGCGUGACCUACAGAUUCAGAGUUUAUGCCACAAACAUGAUCGGAGAUGGAGAGAUCAGAGAAAUCCCAGAGUCCAUCACUGCUCAGGAUAUCCUUAUCCCUCCAGAGAUUGAGAUGGACGCCACCUGCCGCGAGCGCGUCACUGUGCGUGUGGGACACAACAUCAACAUCAUUGGCUACAUCAAAGCCCGUCCUGACCCUGAAGUGCUUUGGUCAAAGGAAGAGAUGGUUCUGGAGAACAGCAAACGUGUCACCAUCAUUCAGAACUUCCCUGUGGUCCACCUGAAGAUCAAGGAGGCAACAAGAGCUGACCAUGGCAAAUACAUCCUAAAGGCUUCAAAUGAGGGUGGUGAGGCCUCCUGCACCAUUACAGUCAAUGUGCUAGACAGACCUAGCCACUGCCAGAAUCUACACGUGACCUAUGCCACCAAGGACUCAUGCAUGAUCAACUGGGAGGCCCCUAAGGACAAUGGUGGAUCAGAGAUCACCAACUACAUUGUGGAGUGCCGUGAGCCCAGCAUUAGUAUGUGGUCCAUGAUCUCCUCCAGCUGCACCAAUCGCAAGAUCAAGGCUAAGCUGAUGGAAGGUCAUGAGUACCGGUUCCGUGUCUGUGCUGAGAACAAGAUGGGACCAGGACCAUCUGUGGAGACCAAGGUCCCUCUGCUGGCCAUCGACUGCAUCGAGAAACCGGGUGAGCCUGAGAACUUCAGAGCCACUGACAUUGGUAAGAACCACGUCUAUCUGAGAUGGAGGAAGCCUGACUACGAUGGUGGCAGCCCCAACAUCUCCUACAACCUGGAAUGCAAAGCCAAAGAUGCUGAGGAGUGGGAGAAACUCAACACUGCCACUCUCACUGACACCUUUUUCCUGGCUGACAAAUGCACAGAGAACCAGACAUACACCUUCAGGGUGCAGACUGUUAAUGAAGGCGGUGAGAGUGCUUGGGUGAAACUUGCUGAUAUUCUGGUAAAGGAGGAGAUCCAGAAGCCUGUAAUUGACCUGAAGUUGGCCGGAGUUUUGACAGUGAAGGCCGGAGAAUCUGUUAGGAUAGAGGCUGCACUGAGAGGAAAGCCCCAGCCUGAGGUUAAAUGGAUAAAAGAUAAAGGUGUCGGAGACAACCCCAGAUUAAGCUAUGAGACUGGCCCUGACUACUCCAAGUUCCUCCUGACCAAGUCCAGACGCACUGACACUGGAAAGUAUGUCAUCACUGCCACUAACCCAGCCGGGACCUUCACAGCAUAUGCCAACGUUAACGUCCUGGAUGUCCCUGGCCCGGUGAGGAACCUCAGGAUUACCGGCAUCGGAGCCGACAAGUGCAGAGUGAUUUGGGAUGCUCCUGAGGAUGAUGGUGGUUGCGAGGUGGACAGCUACAUCCUGGAGAAAUGCGAGACCAGGAGGAUGGUCUGGUCGACAUAUUCAGGCUCUGUGGUCACACCAUAUUGCAACGUCACUCGUCUGGUGGAAAGCAACGAGUACAUCUUCAGAGUGAGGGCUGAGAACAAGAUGGGAACCGGCCCCGCUAUGGAGAGCAAACCUGUUACUGUCAAGACUCAGUUCAACAAACCUGGACCACCUGAGGCCCCUGAGGUCACUAAGGUGAGCAAAGAUGAGAUGACAGUUGUCUGGGCUCCUCCUGAGAAUGAUGGUGGAAAAUCGAUCACCGGCUACAUCCUGGAGAGGAAAGAGAAGAGGGCAGUGCGCUGGGUGCCAUGCACAAAGAGCCCCAUCUCCGAGAGACGCAUGAAAGUCAGCAACCUGAUUCCCAACCAUGAGUACCAGUUCAGGGUGAAGGCUGAGAAUGAGGUCGGCCUAGGAGAGCCUAGCAAACCCUGCAGACCUGUUGCAGCCAAAGAUCCCAUUGAGCCCCCUGGCCCCCCUGCAGGCUUGAAGGUGGGUGACAGCACCAAGACCUCUAUCACCCUGUCCUGGUCUAAACCUGUGUAUGAUGGCGGUGCCCCCAUUAUCGGCUACAGCCUGGACAUGAGACUGAAGAGCGAGGCAGACCCUGAGAAGCCCACAGAGGGCUGGAAGAGAAUUGACACCCAUGGUCCACUGGUGCUCACAGAGUUCACCAUUGGCCAGCUGGAUGAGAAGCAGGAGUAUGACUUUAAGGUGUCUGCCAAAAACCAGGUGGGCUGGGGACGUCAUGCCUACUUGAAGGAGGCCGUCUCCCCCAAGGAGGUUCUGGAGGCUCCAGAGAUUGAUCUGGAUGCCAGUCUGAGGAAAGGCCUGGCUGUCAGGGCCGGCUGUCCAAUCAGGCUUUUCGCUGUGAUCAGAGGAAGGCCCUCCCCCAAGGUUACCUGGAAGCGUCUUGGCGUGGACAAUGUGAUCCGCCGAGGUCAUGUGGACCAGGUUGACACCAUGUCCUUCCUGGUCAUCCCUGAAAGCACCAGAGAGGAUUCUGGGAGAUACUCACUGACACUGUCGAACUCGGCUGGAGAGAAAGCCGUGUUUGUCCGUGUCAAAGUCCUUGAUACUCCUGGUCCUGUUGGCGGCCUGGAGGCGACAGAUGUCACCAAGACAACAGCUCAGCUGUCCUGGUUGCCACCGGAGAAUGACGGUGGUAGUCCCAUCCUCAACUACAUUGUAGAGAAACGUGAGGUGGAUAGAAAGACCUGGAACAAGUGCAUAGAGGACCUGAAGAAGACUAGCUUCAAGGUGACCAACAUGGCGCCUGGCAUCGAGUACUACUUCAGAGUCAUGGCCUGCAACAAGUAUGGCAUUGGAGUUCCUCAGGAUUCGCCAAAGUCCUACUUGGCUGUUGACCCCUGCAGUGAGCCAGACCCUCCAAAGAAGAUGGAAGUGUUGGAGAUCACCAAGAACAGCGCCACACUGGGUUGGCUAAAGCCACUCAGAGAUGGAGGAGCCAAGAUCAAUGGGUAUGUGGUGGACUACCAGGAGGAGGGUACGCCCGAGGACAAGUGGACACCUUACUCUGUGGUCAAAGACAUGACCAUCGUGGUGGUUGGUCUGAAGGAAGGAAAGAAGUACAAGUUCAGAGUGGCAGCCAGGAACUCAGUGGGAGUCAGCUUGGCUCGAGAGGCGGAGGGAGUGUUUGAGGUCAAGGAGCAGCUCAUGGCUCCUAAGGUCAUUUUGCCUGACAUUGUGACAGUCAGAGCUGGAUCCAAGAUGGUGGUUGAGGCCAUUGUGGCAGGUAAACCUGCUCCCUUCUGCAAGUGGAAGCAGGGAAGCGAGGAUGUGCUGACCUCUGAUCGCCUGUCCGUCGUUAAGACACUGACCACCUGCACGCUUAUCAUUAAGAACGUGAGAAGAAAGGACAGCGGCUACUACAGCCUGUCAGCUGAGAACAGCACUGGCAAGAUCAACCAGAUCCUCAGAGUCACUGUCAUGGACCUUCCUGGACCCCCUGAAGCUCCUCUGGAGAUCACUGAAACCGACAUAGAUGCCUGCACCCUACUCUGGAACUCCCCACAGGAGGAUGGUGGCAGCAACAUCACCAACUAUAUUGUGGAGAAGUGUGACGUCAGCCAGGGCGACUGGGUCCCUGUGUCCACUUCCUGCACCAAAACCAGCUUUAGAGUGACCAAAUUGACAACUGGUAAAGAGUAUGGAUUCCGGGUCCGUGCCGAGAACAGGUUCGGUGUCUCAGAGCCCAUCUACUCAGAGAAGAUGAUUGCCAGAUAUCCAUUUGAUCCUCCAAGCGAGCCCAAAAACCUACAGAUCAACAAGAUCAACAAGGACUUCGUCAUCUUGUCAUGGGAGCGUCCCAGCAGCGACGGCGGCACCCCAAUCACUGGAUACUGCAUUGAAAAGAAGGAAAGGAACAGCCUUCUGUGGAUGAAGGCUAACGAGUCUGUGGUCAAAGCCACCCAGUACACCUGCACCAGCCUGAUGGAGGGCCUGGAGUACAGCUUUAGGGUGUCGGCACUCAACCUGGCUGGACAGGGCAAACCUUGCAAGCAGACCGACUUCAUCACCGCCAGGACUGCUGUUGACCCACCAGGUAAACCUGAACCCAUGGAUGUGAACAAGAGCUCUGUGUCAUUGGUCUGGAGCCGUCCCAUGCAUGAUGGUGGUAGCAAGCUGAUUGGCUACCACAUGGAGUACACAAAGCUUCCAGAGGAGAAGUGGAUACGCUGCAACGCCAACUGCAUGAGCAUACAGACGGAGAGUUAUGUGGUGACCGGCCUGGAGGAGGGCCGACAGUACCAGUUUAGAGUGAUUGCUAAGACCGCCAUAAACAUCAGCCUGCCGUCCGAGCUGUCCGACCCCAUCGCUGUCAUUGCAGAAAAUGUUCCCCCUCGUGUUGACCUGGGCCUCAACAUGAAGAACCUGAUCGUGGUAAAAGCCGGAGAGAAUGUCUUCCUGGAUGCUGAGGUGUUCGGCAAGCCACUGCCAAAGGUGAGCUGGAAGAGAGACGGAGCGCCUCUCGUCAUUCGCGAGGGAAUGAAGAUGAUCCAGAAGAAACAUGUCCACCUGCUGGAGCUCUACUCUGUCACCAGGAAGGAGUCUGGAGACUACACUAUCACCGCUGAGAAUCUCAGUGGCAGCAAGUAUGCUACCAUCAAGGUCAAGGUGCUCGACAAACCCGGACCUCCAGCCUCUGUGAAAAUUGGUAAGGUGUUUUCUGACCAUGUUAAGUUGCGAUGGGAACCCCCAAUAGCGGACGGUGGCUCUGAGAUCACAAACUACAUCAUAGAGAAGCGUGAGACCAGCAGGGCCAACUGGGCGCUGGUCACCUCCAACAUCCAUGGACACGUCACCGACUGCUCAGUGGAGAAACUCAUUGAAGGACAUGAGUAUGAGUUCAGAGUCAGUGCUGAGAACCAGUAUGGUGUGGGAGACCCUAUCAUGACUAACUCUGUCAUGGUCAAGAACCCAUACGAUGUUCCUGGUCCAUGCGAGCCGCCCGUAAUCACCAACAUUACUAAGAACUCUAUGACAGUGAGCUGGAAGGCCCCAGCCAACGACGGCAAGGCCACCAUCCUGGGAUACAUGUUGGAGAAACGUGAGGCCACCGAGCUGACCUGGGCUAAGGUCAACCGCCGACCAGUUAUUGAUAGAACCCUUAAAGCCGCUCAGCUGUCCGAGGGCUCUGAGUAUGAGUUCAGAGUCAUCGCCAUGAACAAAGCCGGUCUGGGCAAACCCAGCGACGCAUCCAGUGCUGCACUGGCUGUUGACCCUGUCUAUCCUCCUGGACCUCCUGCCUUCCCCAAGGUGGUGGACUCCACCAAAAGCUCCAUUAGCCUCAGCUGGACCAAACCGGCCUAUGAUGGUGGCUGUGAGAUCAUUGGCUACCUGGUGGAGUGUAAGCGAGCCGAAGCCGAGGACUGGAACAAAUGCAACGUCCCAAAGAAGCUCCAGAAUACCAAAUUCCUAAUGACAGGCCUGAUGGACAACACUGAGUACCAGUUCAGAGUAACUGCUGUCAACAAGAUUGGCUACAGCGAGCCCAGCGAGGUCCCUGGAAACCACAUGGCCAAGGACAUCCUAAUCGCUCCUGAAGCUGAGCUGGAUGCUGACCUAAGAAAGGCUUUGGUUCUUCGUGCUGGCGUUACCAUGAGGCUCUACGUCCCACUGAGAGGACGUCCGGCACCAAAGGUGACAUGGACAAAGGUAGACGCCAACCUGAAGGAGAGGCAGGGUCUGCUGAUCAAGACGUCCGAGUGGGACACCCUACUGAUGGCCGAGGACAUUAACAGAUAUGACGCUGGCAAAUACGUCCUGACGCUGGAGAACAGCAGCGGCUCCAAGAGCUACACCAUUGUGGUCAAGGUCCUUGAUUCUCCUGGACCGCCUGUGAACCUAAUUGUCAAGGAGACCUCCAAAAGCCACGCCUGCAUCACCUGGGAGCCCCCACUGAUUGACGGUGGCAGUCCAGUAAAGAGCUAUGUCAUAGAGAAACGUCUGGCCGAAAGAAAAGCCUGGACCUGUGUAUCGGCAGAGUGCCCCAAAACCUCAUUCAGGAUAACCAACCUGGAGGGUGGACAGGCUUACUGCUUCAGAGUGCUGGCUGAAAACAACUAUGGCAUCGGAGAGGGCUGUGAGACUGCUGGCAGCGUCCGAGCCUCAGAACAACCUGGUCCAGUGAUGGACUUCAAAGCCCAGAAGACCACCAAGGACUCAAUCGUCCUGGGCUGGAAGAAGCCUAUCAGUGACGGCGGAAGCUACGUUACCGCUUAUAUCCUGGAGCAGAGCGAAGGCGAAGAGAAGUGGAAGCAGAUCAUGAAGGGCAAGAACACCUCACACACCAUCAGCGAGCUGACUGAAGGCAAGGAGUACUCCUUCAAAGUCAAGGCGCUCAAUGAGUCCGGAGAGGGGCCACCCACCGAGCUCACUGUCGUCGCAAAGGACCAGUUUGUGCUGCCUGACUGCAACUUGAGUGCUCUGCAAGACAAUUGCUGUGUGGUGAAGGAAGGCAGCACCACACGUAUCAACAUCCCCACCAUCGGAGUGCCCCUCCCCACUGCCACCUGGAAGAAGGGCGACACAAUGCUCGGAGACACCGGCAGGAUGUGCGUGGAGGCGUCUCAUGGUGUCACCACUCUGCUUGUCAGAGACUGCCAGAAAGGAGAUGCCGACACCUACAGCAUCAACGUCAGGAACAGUGCUGGUUCCAAGGACUGCAAGUUCCAGCUGAAGGUGGUCGGCAAGCCUGGCAUCUGCACUGGACCCAUUAAGUUUGACGAGAUCACCGCUGACGGCAUCACCCUGGAGUGGGGACCACCCAAAGAUGAUGGCGGUGCAGAGGUGUCCAACUACAUCGUUGAAAAGAGGAGGACCACAGACAACAAGUGGGCCACAGUAGCUUCAGCUAUCCAGAAGACCACCAUGAGGGUGAUCAGGCUCCACGAUGGAAUAGAGUACAUCUUCAGAGUGUUUGCUGAGAACAAAUAUGGAGUUGGAGAGUAUCUGAGGUCUGACCCAGUCAUCGCCCAGCAUCCAUUCAAUGUGCCUGAGGCACCUGCUCCUCCAGAAAUUGUGAGCAUCCGCCACGAGUCAGCCAUCUUGACUUGGGCUGAUCCAAAGGACACUGGUGGCUCCCCAAUUACUGGAUAUCAUGUGGAGUUUAAGGAGAGAAACAGUCUGAUGUGGAAACGAGCCAGUAAGACUCCUUUGAGAGUAAAGGAGUGCAGAGUCACUGGCCUGAUAGAGGGACUAGAGUACGAGUUCAGAGUGAUGGCCAUGAACAUGGCCGGGCUCGGAAAGGCAAGCAGGGCCACUGAGGCUGUGGUCGCCCUGGAUCCUAUUGAUCCUCCUGGCAAGCCGGAAGUGAUUAACGUCACAAGGACCACAGUCACUCUGAUUUGGACAGCUCCCAAAUAUGACGGUGGCCACAAGCUGACUGGCUACAUGGUGGAGAAGUUGGAGGCUGGCGGCAAGGCCUGGAUGAAGGCCAAUCAUGUCAACGUCCAGGGAUGUGCCUUCACUGUCCCUGACCUGACAGAGGGAUCUCAGUAUCAGUUCAGGAUCAGGGCCAAGAAUUCUGCUGGGGCUAUUAGUGUUCCUUCAGAGUCUACUGAGCUUCUGACCUGCAAAGAUGAGUAUGAGCCCCCGACAAUCACUAUUGACCCAGAAAUGAAGGACGGUGUAUCAGUCAGGGCAGGAGACACCAUCGUGAUAUCAGCCUGCAAGAUUUUGGGCAAACCUCCACCUACUUCUGUCUGGUCAAAGGGAGGCCGUGAGUUCAAGACCUCUGACAUCAUCUCCAUCACCAGUACUCCCACCUCCUCUACUCUGGCUAUCAAGUAUGCAAGCCGGAAGAACACGGGUGACUACAUCAUCACCGCCAGCAAUCCCUUUGGUAUUAAGGAAGAACACGUAAAGGUGAAGGUUCUGGACGUGCCUGGACCUCCAGGCCCCAUUGAACCCACUAACAUUUCAGCUGAGAAGUGUACUCUGACCUGGCUUCCACCAGAGGAGGAUGGAGGCUGCUCUAUCAAGUCCUACAUCCUUGAAAAGAGAGAGACCAGCCGCCUGCAGUGGACCAAGCUAGCUGAAAAUGUCAUGGACUGCAGAUAUGUAGCCAGUAAACUGAUCAAAGGCAAUGAGUACAUCUUUAGAGUGUCUGCUGUGAACCAGUAUGGCACUGGAGAUUCAAGCCAAUCUGGUCCAGUCAAAAUGGUUGACAGUUUCCGCCCACCAGGUCCACCAUCAACCCCAGAAAUUGAUAACGUCAGUAGGAACGCUGUUACCAUUUCAUGGAAGAGACCAGUACAGGACGGUGGAAGUGACAUCAGAGGAUAUUGUGUAGAGAGGAAAGAGAGGAGAGGAAUGAGAUGGGUGAGAGCCUGUAAGAGGACAGUCCCUGACCUGCGCUUUAAGGUGCAAGGCCUUAGCGAGGGAGUAGAGUAUGAGUUUAGAGUCACUGCCGAGAACAAGGCUGGAUUUGGGGAGCCAAGUGAGCCAUCACACCCUGUGAUGACCAAGGACAUUGUGUAUCCACCAGGUCCUCCAUCCAACCCCAGAAUUACAGAAACCACAAAAACCACUGCCACAUUUGCCUGGGGCCGACCCCACUAUGAUGGUGGUCUUGAAGUAGAUGGAUAUAUUGUUGAGUACAAAGAGGAGGGGCAUGAUGAUUGGGAGACAGAGACACAGUACCUAUUGAAAGCUACUGAAUACGUUAUUGGUAAACUUAAAAAAGGAGGCAAAUAUCACUUCAGAGUCUGCGCAGUAAAUUCAGAGGGAGUUGGUGAGCCUGCAGAGGUUGAGAAAGUGACUGAACUGGUAGACCAGGAGUCACUGCCAGACUUUGAGCUGGAUGCUGAACUCAGGAGAACCCUGGUGGUGAGGUCCCGUGCUUCAAUCCGUAUGUUUGUUCCCAUCAGAGGUCGGCCUGUUCCUGAAGUAACCUGGAGCAAAGAUGAUACCGACCUUAAAAAACGUGCACACAUUGACACCACAGAGUCCUACACUCUCCUGGUUAUUCCUGACUGCACCAGAUACGAUGCUGGAAAGUACCAUCUCUGUCUGGAGAACGUUGCUGGAAAGAAGACUGGCUUUGUUAAUGUGAAAGUUUUGGACACACCAGGACCACCAGUCAACCUCAAACCUAGAGAGAUCACUAAGAAUAGCAUCACCCUUCAGUGGGAAAUCCCCAUAAUUGAUGGUGGUUCUAAGAUUCACAACUACGUUAUUGAAAAGAGAGAGGCGACCAAGAAGGCCUAUACUGUGCUUAGCACCACUUGGCAGAAGUGUUCCUUCAAGAUUCCAGGCCUUGAAGAGGGAGCUUACUACUACUUCCGUAUCACUGCUGAGAAUGACCUGGGCAUUGGUGAGCCAGCUGAAACCCCUGAGCCAAUCAGGGUGUCCCAGGCCCCUUCUGCACCAGAGAAUUUGUAUGUCACAGAUGUGACAGCUGACAGUGCCAGCCUCGCAUGGACCAAGCCCCUGCAUGAUGGUGGCAGCUUGAUCACCGGAUACGUCAUUGAGGCCCAGAAGAAGGACACAGACCAGUGGGUCCAUAUGGGCACCAUCAAAGCUCUAGACUACACUGUCCCGGAUCUGAUUGAGGGCGCAGAAUAUACCUUCCGCAUAAUAGCUGUCAAUGCAUCAGGCAGGAGUGACCCCCGUGAAAGCAGGCCUGCUAUUAUCAAAGAGCAGACAUCCACUCCUUCUUUUGACCUACGUGGAGUCUACCAGCAGACUGUCAUCGCUAAGGCGGGAGACCGCGUCAAGGUGGAGAUUCCAGUGCUCGGCAAACCAAGACCUGUGGUUUCCUGGAAGAAGGGAGACACAGUGCUAAAGGAGACACAAAGAAUCAACACUGAAACCACACCAACAUCCACUAUCCUCAACAUCAGUGAGAUCAAGAGGACUGAUGGAGGCCAGUAUUCCAUGAUUGGAAAGAACAUGAUGGGUACAGUGACUGAGACGAUCACAGUCCUCGUCCAUGACAUUCCAGGUCCUCCAACUGGUCCUAUUAAGCUGGACGAGGUCUCAUGUGAUUAUGUUCUCAUGUCCUGGGAGGCACCAGAAAAUGAUGGAGGUGUUCCCAUCAACAACUAUAUUGUUGAGAUGCGGGAGACUACUGGUACUUCCUGGGUAGAGUUGGCAGCGACAGUCAUCCGCACCACAUUCAAGGCAGCUCGACUCAACACUGGAACCCAAUAUCAGUUCCGCGUCAAGGCACAGAACAGAUAUGGCAUCGGACCAUGCAUUACCUCUGAGCCAGUGGUGGCUGCCUAUCCAUUUGAUGUGCCAGGCCAGCCAGGCACUCCUUUGGUCACAUCUUUUAACAAGGAUGCUAUGACUCUGAGUUGGAAUGAGCCUUCCUCUGAUGGAGGCAGUGUCAUCCUGGGAUAUCAUGUGGACAGAAAAGAGAAAAACAGCAUUCUGUGGCAGAGAAUCAGCAAAGCUCUUGUUGUUGGAAAUAUCUUCAAAUCACCAGGCCUUGUUGAUGGAAUUGCAUAUGAACACCGUGUUUUUGCUGAGAACAUGGCCGGUCUCAGCAAACCAAGCAAACCCUCUGAGCCUGUGUAUGCUUUGGACCCAGUCGACCCACCGGGCAGGCCUGUGGCACUGAAUAUCACCAGACAUGAGGUGACAGUCUCAUGGAGCAAACCAGAGGGAGAUGGCGGCUUUUCCAUCACUGGAUACACAGUAGAGAGGAGAGAGAUGCCCAAUGGACGCUGGCUCAAAGCCAACUUUAACAACAUCCAAGAAACUAUCUACACAGUCAGUGGUCUGACAGAAGAUGCAACUUAUGAAUUCCGUGUGACUGCUAGAAACUCAGCUGGUGCUGUUAGUGCUCCAUCCCAGCCAUCUGAAGCAAUCACAUGCAGAGAUGACAUCGAAGAGCCAAGACUUGAUGUUGAUGCAUCAUAUAGUAGCAAUGUUGUUGUCAUGGCAGGAGAGGUGUUUAAACUGGAGGCCAAUGUAACUGGCAGGCCAAUCCCAUCUCUGGUAUGGACCAAGGAAGGAAAGGAGCUUGAGGAUACAGCCAAGAUUGAGAUAAAGACAUCUGACUUCCACACAACUCUAAUAAACAAAGAUUCCCUGAGGAGGGACGGAGGUGCUUUUACUCUGACUGCCAGCAAUCCCGGUGGCUUUGCCAAGUUCACAUUUAAUGUUAAGGUGCUCGACAGACCUGGACCACCAGAUUCCCUCACUGUCACUGACGUCACUGCUGAGAAAUGUGUCCUUAACUGGCUGCAUCCAACACAUGAUGGCGGUUCCAAGAUUGAGUACUUUAUCAUUCAGAGGCGUGAAACCAGUAGGUUGGCAUGGACAAAUGUGGCCACAGAUCUUCAGGCGAACAGGUUCAAGGUCACCAAGCUUCUGAAGGGCAAUGAGUACAUCUUCAGAGUCAUGGCUGUUAACAAGUAUGGCGUGGGUGAACCGUUUGAGUCUGAAGCUGUCAUCUGUGCCAAUCCCUAUGUCCCCAGUGACCCACCACAGCAGCCUGAAGUCACCACUAUUACAAAGGACUCCAUGGUUGUCUGCUGGGAGCGCCCUGAACACGAUGGAGGCAGCAGAAUAAACACCUACAUAAUUGAAAGAAGAGAUAAGACUGGCCUGCGCUGGGUGAAGUGCAACAAGAGGACUGUAACUGACCUACGAUUCAAGGUCUCUGGCCUCACAGUAGGACAUGAGUAUGAAUUCAGAGUUUUUGCUGAGAACAAUGCUGGUCUAAGUCAGCCUAGUCCUUCCAGUCCAUUCUACAAGGCUGUGGACACCAUCUUCCAGCCUGGACCUCCAGGGAAUCCCAGAGUGCUGGACACAACCAAGUCCUCAAUCACCCUUGCUUGGAACAAGCCUGUCUAUGAUGGUGGUUCUGAAAUCACUGGUUACAUUGUGGAGACCUGCCUGCCUGAGGAGGAUGAGUGGACAAUUCACACUCCCAAGAAGGGAUGGACAGCCACUUCUUUUACUAUUACCAACUUGAAGGAAAACCAAGAGUAUAAAAUAAACAUCUGUGCCACGAAUUGUGAAGGAGUGGGAGAGCCUGCUGCUGUUCCUGGAACUCCCAAAGCUGAAGACAGACUGCUUCCUCCAGAAAUUGAACUUGGAGCAGAGCUACGUAAGGUAGUCUGCAUCAGGGCCUGUAGCACACUCAGACUCUUUGUCCCCAUUAAGGGCAGACCAGCACCUGAAAUUAAAUGGUCAAGGGAACAUGGAGAAUCCCUGGACAAAGCUAACAUUGAAAUCACCUCAUCAUUCACCACUCUUCAAGUAGAGAAUGUUGACAGGUUUGAUGGAGGUAAAUACAUGGUGACUGUAGAGAAUGCCUCAGGAAGCAAGACAGCUUUUGUUAAUGUAAGGGUGCUAGAUACUCCUGGAGCACCUCAGAAUCUCAUCGUCAAGGAGGUCACUAGAGAUUCAGUUUCCCUUGUUUGGGAUGCACCUCUAAUUGAUGGUGGCUCCAGAGUCCGCAACUACAUUGUGGAGAAGCGUGAGUCAACCAGAAAAGCCUACUCAACAGUCUGUGCCAGCUGCCAUAAGUCUAGUUGGAAAGUUGGAGACCUGGAGGAAGGAAAAAUGUACUUCUUUAGAAUCCUGGCUGAGAACGAAUAUGGCAUUGGUCUCCCAGUAGAGACCGUUGAUCCAAUCAAAGUGUCAGAGAAGCCUCUACCACCAGGCAAAGUGUCCCUUUGUGAAGUUACCAGCAUGAGUGUCACACUAACAUGGGAAAAGCCUGAACAUGAUGGUGGCAGCAGAAUCACAGGCUAUAUUGUUGAAAUGCAGGGUAAAGGCAGUGAGAAGUGGACCCAGGUCAUGGUGGUAAAGACCAAUGAGGCUUUUGUAACUGGCCUAACGCAGGGAGAGGAGUACAUGUUCCGUAUCUCAGCCACCAAUGAAAAGGGAGUUAGUGACCCACGUCCUCUCAGUGUACCUGUGGUGGCUAAAGACCUGGUCAUCUCACCAACUUUCAAACUGCUUUUUAGUACAUUCAGUGUACUAGCAGGAGAUGAUCUGAAGAUAGAUGUACCAUAUGCUGCCUGCCCCAAGGCUACUGCAACUUGGCUCAAAGAUGGUGUUGCUCUCAAGGAGACAACCAGAGUUAAUGCUGAAGCCACGGAUAGACACCUUCUCCUAGUUAUUAAGGACGCUUGCAGAGAUGAUGUGGGCACAUACACUAUCAAACUGACCAACACAGCUGGAGAGGCAUCUACAGACAUCAGUGUCCUUGUUCUAGACAAGCCUGGUCCUCCAACUGGCCCGAUUAAGAUGGAUGAGGUCACUGCUGACAGUGUGAUCCUGUCCUGGAAUCCACCAGAGUACGAUGGUGGUUGCAGCAUCAAUAAUUACAUUGUUGAGAAGAGAGACACAUCUACCACUAACUGGCAGAUUGUGUCAGCUACAGUGGCCAGAACCACUAUCAAGGCAGCCCGUCUAAAGACUGGAUCUGAGUACCAGUUUAGGAUUGCUGCAGAGAAUAGAUAUGGCAAGUCUUCUCUCCUGCUCUCUGAAGCCAUUGUUGCUCAGUAUCCAUUUGAACUACCUAGCCAACCACGUUCUGUUGUGGUCCAGUCAGCCACCAAAGAGAGCAUGGUGGUUGUGUGGGAGAAACCCAGCAAUGAUGGUGGAAGCAAAAUUCUGGGCUACCACUUAGAGCUCAAAGAGAGAAACAGUAUACUGUGGGUAAAACAGAACAAACAAAUUAUCCCAGAGACCAGAUUCAAGGUUGUUGGCCUUGAGGAGGGUAUUGAAUAUGAGUUUAGAGUCUAUGCUGAGAACAUUGUUGGCCUCAGCAAAGCCAGCAAACUGAGUGAAAUGCAAGUGGCCAGGGAUCCUUGUGACAGACCAGGAAAACCAGAGGCUGUCAUUGUGACAAGAAACAAAGUGACACUCAAAUGGACCAAACCUGAGUAUGAUGGCGGAAUCAAGAUCACAGGCUAUGUGGUUGAAAAGAAAGAGGUAGCUGGCCGCUGGAUGAAGGCCAGUUUUACCAACAUCAUUGAAACUGAAUUUGUUGUCACAGGACUUACUGAAGAUCAGAUUUAUGAGUUCCGUGUCAUCGCCAGGAAUGCAGCAGGUGUGUUCAGUAAGCCCUCUGACUCUACUGGAGCCAUCACUGCCAAGGAUGAGGUGGAUCCACCCACAAUUGACUUGGAAUCUAAGUACUCCCAGGCUGUGGUGGUAAAUGCUGGAGAGACAUUCAGGCUUGAGGCUGCUGUCUUUGGUAAGCCUGUGCCCUCUGUGCACUGGCGGAAAGAGGGCAAAGAGCUUACUGAAGCAGCUCGCCUAGAGCUCAAAAACACAGACUUUACAGCUUGUAUAGUUGUUAAAGAAGCCAUCCGUGUCGAUGGAGGUCAGUACACUUUGCUGGUAAAGAAUGUUGGAGGAGAGAAAUCUGUUAAUAUUAAUGUCAAGGUCCUGGACAGACCAGGUCCACCUGUGGGUCCUAUCUCCAUCUAUGGGGUCACCAAUGAGAAAUGCUCUAUUUCCUGGAAACCUCCCUUGCAAGAUGGAGGUAGUGAUGUUUCCCAUUACAUUGUUGAGAGAAGGGAAACAAGCCGACUGGUUUGGACUGUAGUUGAGCCAAAAGUUCAGACGUUGAACCUAAAGAUCACAAAACUUCUUCCUGGUAACGAGUACAUCUUCAGAGUGAUUCCAGUCAACAAAUAUGGAGUUGGUGAGCCCCUUGAAUCUGAGUCAAUGAUUGCCAGAAAUCCAUUUGUCACUUCCAACCCACCAACAGAGGUAGAAGUCUCUACAAUCACCAAAGACUCCAUGGUGGUGACCUGGGAGAGACCAACUAAUGAUGGUGGCAGCCCCAUCCAGGGAUACAUUGUUGAGAAGCGUGACAAGGAUGGUGUAAGAUGGACUAGGUGCAAUAAGCGCACAGUGAGUGAGCUUCGCUUCAGAGUGACAGGGCUUAUAGAAAACCACAGCUAUGAAUUCAGAGUUGCUGCUGAGAAUGCUGCAGGUGUUGGAACACCUAGCGUGCCAACAGUGUACUACAAAGCAUUGGAGCCUAUCUUCAAAGCAGGCCCACCAAACAACCCCAAGGUGGUGGACUCAUCUAGGUCCACGGUUUCCCUGACAUGGGGCAAACCCAUUUAUGAUGGUGGCUGUGAGAUUCAGGCUUACAUUGUUGAGGCCUGCGAUGGGGCAUCUGAUGAGUGGUUUAUGUGCACUCCCCCCACUGGAAUCACAGACACUAAAUUGAAAGUGACAAAGCUUCUGGAGAAGCAUGAGUACCAAUUCAGAGUGUGUGCCAUCAACAAAGUUGGUAUUGGUGAGCAUGCUGAUGUACCAGGAAAAAUUCUUUUGGAGGAGAAGCUUGAGGCUCCUGAUCUUGACCUGGAUGCAGAUAUGAGAAAGAUGAUCAACAUUAGAUCAGCAAGCACUCUCCGGCUGUUUGUUCCUGUGAGAGGUCGUCCAGCACCUGAAGUGAAAUGGGGCAAGGCUGAGGGCGAGAUUAAGGAGACUGCCCAGAUUGACAAUACAGGCAGUUAUGCUUCACUUGUCAUUGAGAAUGUUGACAGAUUUGACAGUGGCAAGUACACCCUGACAGCAGAGAAUGCCAGUGGAGUGAAGUCAGUAUUCAUCAGUGUCAGAGUCCUAGACUCACCUAGUCCACCAACUAACUUUAUAGUGAAAGAGAUUACCAAGAAUUCGGUCACUCUCACAUGGGAGCCUCCGCUUCUGGAUGGUGGCUCAAAGAUUAAGCAUUAUAUUGUUGAGAAGCGUGAAAGCACCAGGAAGGUUUAUUCUCCUAUCAUCACCUGCAACAAGAUGACAUGGAAAGUUGAACCUCUUCCAGAGGGUGGAAUCUUCUUCUUCAGAGUCUUGGCUGAGAAUGAAUAUGGUGUGGGUCUCCCUGCUAAAACUAUAGAACCAAUUAAGAUAUCUGAGAAGCCUCAACCUCCUGGUAAAGUCAGUGUUGUUGAUGUCACUAGUAGCACUGUAACUCUCGCCUGGGAGAAGCCUGAAUAUGACGGUGGCAGCAGGAUCAGUCACUAUGAAGUUGAACUGGCAUCCAAGGACAGUGAAGCUUGGUCUGUGUGUGCUAGUGUGAAGGCAGUGGAGACUGUAGUGACAAACCUACUUAAGGGGGAGGAGUACCAAUUCAGAGUUGUUGCUGUAAAUGACAAGGGCAAAAGUGACCCGAGACAAUUGGGUCAGUCAGUUGUAGCAAAGGACCUAGUGAUUGAGCCUGCUGUUCGACCCAAAGUGAGCACCUACAGUGUCCAGGUGGGGUAUGAUCUGAAGAUUGAGGUUCCAAUUGCUGGCCAUCCAAAGCCAACCAUCACUUGGACCAAAGAUGGAGCUGCCCUUAAGCAAACCACCAGAGUCAAUGUCACUGAUUCAGCACAUCAUACUACUCUCACCAUGAAGGAUGCCACCAGAGAGGAUGGAGGCUUGUACAGCAUCAAUAUCACCAAUGCCUUAGGCUCCAAAGAUGCCACUAUUGAGGUGAUCACCCUGGACAAACCAGGCCCACCAACAGGCCCUGUCAAGUUAGAGGAUAUCAGUGCUGAGAGUAUCACUCUUAGCUGGGAACCUCCUACAUAUACAGGUGGCUGUCCAAUCUCCAAUUAUGUGGUGGAGAAGAGAGACACAACCACAACCAACUGGGUGGUCGUAUCUGCCACUGUGGCUAGAACCACACUAAAAGUGAGCAAUCUGAAGACAGGUGCUGAAUACCAGUUCAGAAUCUGUGCUGAGAAUAGAUAUGGAAAGAGUUAUGCAAUUGAUUCAGAGCCUGUUUUGGCACAGUAUCCUUUCCAGGAGCCUGGCCCACCAGGAACACCAUUUGUGUCUUCAUACACUAAAGACUAUAUGGUAGUUGAGUGGCACAAACCCCCAUCUGACGGAGGCAGUUCCAUCUUAGGCUAUCAUCUGGAGAGAAAAGAGAAGAACAGUAUCCUCUGGACCAAGAUCAACAAAAUGCUCAUCCAAGACUGCAGGUUCAAAUCUACUCCUCUUGAGGAAGGCAUUGAGUAUGAGUACAGAGUCUAUGCUGAGAAUAUUGUUGGGAUUGGAAAAUGCAGCAAAGUCUCUGAAGUUUAUGUUGCCCGUGACCCAUGUGAUCCUCCUGGCUGUCCUGAGGCUUUGAUUGUGACCAGGCACUCGGUGAAGCUGAAGUGGACCCCUCCACAGUAUGAUGGUGGAAGCUUAGUUACUGGCUAUGUAGUGGAGAAAAGAGACCUUCCUGAAGGAAAGUGGAUGAAGGCUAGUUUUACAAACAUCAUUGCACAUGAAUUCACAGUAACUGGCCUGACAGAAGACAGCAAAUAUGACUUUAGAGUAAUUGCAAGGAAUGCAGCUGGGGCUGUCAGCAAGCCAUCUGAAAGCACAGGAUCCAUCACAGCCCAGGAUGAAAUUGACCCACCUAAGUGUGAGACAGAUCCUAUGUACAACCAGACCAUUGUUAUCAAUGCUGGAGAGACAUUCAAUCUGGAAGCCAGUGUGGAAGGAAAGCCCAUCCCCACAGCUCAGUGGUUCAAAGGAAAUGUUGAAGUUGAAAACUCAGCAAGAGCUGAGAUCAAGAACACAGAUUUUAAGGCUUUGCUUGUUGUGAAAGAUGCCAUCAGAGUAGAUGGUGGACAGUACACACUGGUUCUGACGAAUGUGGGUGGAACUAAAAAUGUCCCAUUCAGUGUGAAGGUCCUGGACAGACCAGGCCCCUCAGAGGGACCUCUUACUGUCAGCAACGUAACUGAGGAGAAGUGUUCACUGUCAUGGCUGCCACCCAGGCACGAUGGAGGAGCUAGCAUUUCUCACUACAUCAUUCAGAAGAGAGAAACAAGCCGCCUGGCAUGGACUGUGGUCUCCAGUGACUGUGGAGCUACCAUGUUCAAGGUUACUAAACUGUUAAAGGGCAAUGAGUACAUCUUCAGAGUUAUGGCCGUCAACAAAUAUGGCGUAGGUGAGCCUCUUGAAUCAUUGCCAGUUAUCAUGAGAAAUCCAUUUGUUACUCCUGGCCCACCUCAGGAGCUUGAGAUCACUAACAUUACCAGGGACUCCAUGACUGUCUGCUGGAACCGCCCUGAGACCACUGGAGGCAGUGAAAUUGGUGGUUACAUUGUUGAGAAGAGAGACAGAGCUGGAGUAAGGUGGACCAAGUGCAAUAAACGCAGAGUGACAGACUUGCGUUUCAGAGUAACUGGACUGACUGAAGACCAUGAGUAUGAAUUCAGAGUAUCUGCUGAGAAUGUAGCUGGAGUGGGUCAGCCAAGCCCAGCUACACCCUACCUCAAAGCCUGUGACCCCACCUUUGAACCGGGCUGUCCCACCAAUGCUCAUGUGGUCGACACAGCUAAAGACUCCAUUAGUCUGGCCUGGCAUCGCCCUAUCUAUGAUGGUGGUUGCGAGAUUCAAGGAUACGCUGUGGAAAUUACAAAGGCUGAUGAGGAGGAGUGGACCAUAUGCACCCCACCGACUGGGGUUAAAGCUACCAAGUUUACCAUCACCAAGUUGAUUGAGCACCAGGAAUACAAGGUGCGCAUAUGUGCCAUCAAUAAGUUAGGUGUUGGUGAGCCCACCGAAGUCCAAGGGGUUGUGAAACCUCUGGAUAAGAUUGAUCCUCCAGAAAUGAUUCUGGAUUCAGAGCUAAGGAAGGGCAUAGUUGUCCGUGCAGCAGGUUCGAUGAGAAUCUGCAUUCCAUUCAAGGGACGACCUACUCCUGAGAUCUGCUGGGCCAAAGAGGAUGGAGAACUGCCCAGUAAAGUUCAGAUAGAGACUGGUGAAGACUAUACACAGCUCUCCAUUGACAUCUGUGACAGAUAUGAUGCUGGAAAAUACAUCCUCAACUUGGAAAAUAGUGCUGGCACAAAAUCUGCCUUUGUUUCUGUUAAAGUUUUGGACACUCCAGGGGCCCCAGUGAAUCUAACAGUAAAAGACAUUAAGAGACAAAGUGUCACUCUGACCUGGGAGCCUCCUCUGAUUGAUGGUGGUGCAAGAAUCAAGAAUUACCUGGUUGAAAAGCGUGAGUCUAACAGGAAGGUUUACUCUAACGUGGACAACAAAUGCACAAAGACAAGUUACCGUAUCACUGGCCUCACUGAGGGAACUAUCUACUAUUUCAGAGUCUUAGCAGAGAAUGAGUUUGGUGUGGGACACCCAGCUGAGACAGUAGAUGCAGUUAAGACUUCUGAACCUCCUCUGCCUGUGGGUAAGGUCACUUUAACUGAAGUGACCAAAACCACAGCUUCACUCUCUUGGGAGAAGCCAGACCACGAUGGAGGCAGCAGGAUCAUGGGAUACUACAUUGAGAUGCAGCCUGUGGGCUCAGAGGAAUGGGUGGUGGCUGCCACAACCAAAACUUGUGAAGGCACUGUCACAGGCCUCAGCACAGGGCAUGAGUACCUGUUUAGAGUUUCAGCUUUCAAUGAGAAGGGCAGGAGUGACCCUAGGCCGCUGGCUGCAUCAGUCACUGCUAAAGAUGUAACCAUCGAACCCAGAUUCAAGAUGACAUUCAACACUUACAGUUUACAAAAUGGUGAGGAUCUGAAGAUUGAGAUUCCAGUGAUGGGACGCCCUGUUCCUAAGGUUGAAUGGAAGAAGGAUGGGCAGGCUCUUAAGGAGACAACCAGACUUAAUGUAUCAAGCACACCGUCAUCUACUAAGCUGUGCAUCAAGGAUGCAAAUAAAGAAGACUCUGGUAAAUACACUGUCACAGCCACCAGCAGUGUUGGAACAAGUACAGAGGAGAUUACUGUUAUUAUCCUCGAUAAGCCUGGCCCACCCACUGGCCCUUUGAAGAUUGAGGAGGUGAGCUCUAAUUAUGUCACUCUGUCCUGGGAGCCACCAGAGUAUACUGGAGGCUGUCAGAUCAAUAACUACAUUGUGGAGAAGAGAGACACCACCACAACAGCAUGGCAGAUUGUGUCCGCUACUAUUGCCAGGACAACCAUCAAAGUCACCAAAUUGAAGACUGGAGUUGAAUAUCAAUUCAGAGUGUCUGCUGAGAAUAGAUAUGGAAAGAGUCCUGCCAUUGUCUCUGCAGCUGUUAUUGCUCAGUAUCCAUUCACUGAGCCUGCUGCGCCAGGAACACCAACUGUUUCUGCUGCAACCAAGGAUAACAUGGUUGUUGAGUGGAAAGCUCCCACCAAUAAUGGAGGCAGUCCCAUCCUAGGCUACCACCUUGAGAGAAAAGAGAAAAACAGCCUCCUAUGGACUAAACUCAAUAAGCUUUUAAUCCCAGAAACACGUUUUAAGACUACAGAGCUGGAAGAAGGUAUUGAGUAUGAAUUCAGAGUUUAUGCUGAGAAUAUUGCCGGACUAAGCCCAGUUAGCAAGGUCUCUGAAAGCACAGUAGCCAGGGAUCCCUGUGACCCACCAGGCACUCCUGAAGCUAUUGAAAUCACCAGAAACCAUGUGACACUCCAGUGGAGCAGGCCUCAGUAUGAUGGGGGCAGUGCAAUCACUGGCUAUGUGAUUGAGAGGAAGAAGCACCCGGAUACACGCUGGAUGAAGGCCAGCUUCACCAACAUCAUUGAUACCCACUUCACUCUCAGUGGCCUGACUGAGGACUGUGUGUAUGAGUUCAGAGUCAUUGCCAGGAAUGCUGCUGGAAUUUUCAGCCGUCCUUCACUGGGCACAGGAGAAAUUACUGCCAAAGAUGAAAUUGAGGCUCCAGGAGCUACCAUGGAUUCUAAAUUCAAGGAUCUGACUGUUGUUAAUGCUGGUGAGUCAUUCGUUAUUGAUGCAGACUACACUGGUAAGCCUCUGCCUGAGGUCAUUUGGUUAAAGGAUGGAAAGGAGAUUGACAAAACCACACCAAGAAUGGAGGUCAAGACCACACUCACACGUACAAUUCUGACAGUCAAGGAUUGCAUCAGAGUGGAUGGUGGCCACUUUGUUCUCAAACUUGUCAAUGUGGGAGGAGUCAAGAUGAUCCCAGUUAAUGUUAAAGUUCUGGAUAAACCUGGUCCUCCAGAUGGCCCUCUAGAAGUCAAAGGGGUCACAGCUGAAAAAUGUUAUUUGCACUGGAACCAUCCCUCACAUGAUGGUGGAGCCAGCAUCUCACACUACAUCGUUGAGAAAAGAGAGACCAGUCGUUUGUCAUGGACAGUGGUUGAGCCCAAGAUCCAGGCCAUCAGUUACAAAAUCACAAAACUGCUGCCUGGAAAUGAAUACAUCUUUAGAGUCACUGCUGUGAAUAAAUACGGUGUUGGUGAGCCUUUGGAAUCUGAGCCUGUUAUUGCUCGUAAUCCCUUCACCACUCCCAGUGCACCCUCCAUCCCAGAAGCCAGCGCUAUCACUAGGGACUCCAUAGUGCUUACCUGGGAGAGACCAGAGGAUAAUGGAGGAGCUGAGAUUGAUGGAUAUAUCCUUGAAAAACGUGAUAAGGAUGGCAUCAGAUGGUCUAAGUGCAACAAGAAGAGGCUGAAUGACCUGAGAUUCAGAUGUACUGGUCUCACAGAGGGUCACUCCUAUGAAUUCAGGGUCUCAGCAGAAAAUGCUGCUGGUGUGGGAAAGCCUAGUGCACCAACUGAAUACAUCAAGGCCUUUGAUGCCAUUUAUCCACCAGGACCUCCAAAUAACCCCAAAGUCACCGACCAUUCAAGCACCACAGUCUCUUUGUCCUGGUCCAGACCUAUUUAUGAUGGUGGAGCACAGAUCAGUGGAUAUAUUGUUGAAAUGAAGGAGGCAGCAGAUGAUGAGUGGAUAACUUCCACACCAUACACUGGUGUUCAGGCCACUCACUACACUGUAAAGAAACUAAAGGAGAAUGCAGAGUACAACUUCCGCAUUUGUGCUGUUAACUGUGAGGGAGUAGGUGAGCAUGUGGACCUACCUGGGUCUGUGAUUGCUGCAGAGAAGCUGGAGGCUCCUGAAAUUGAACUAGAUGCUGACCUAAGGAAGAUGGUCAAUGUUCGCGCCACUGCCACGUUGCGUCUCUUUGUGACAAUCAGAGGUAAGCCGGAGCCUGAGGUCAAAUGGUCAAAGGCUGAUGGUACUCUGAAUGAGCGUGCCCAGAUUGAAGUCACAAGCUCUUACACAAUGCUGGUGAUCGAGAAUGUCGACAGAUUUGACACUGGCAAAUAUGUACUGACCCUUGAGAAUCUCAGUGGCUCUAAAUCAGCCUUCAUCAAUGUCAGAGUUCUGGACUCCCCGAGCGCUCCUACCAACCUGGAGGUUAAGGAUGUGAAAAGAAAUUCGGUCUCGCUCUCCUGGGAGCCUCCUUUAAUUGAUGGGGGGGCUAAGAUAUCACACUAUAUUGUAGAAAAGAGAGAGCAGAAGAGGAUGGCUUUCACUAGUGUUUGCACUAACUGUGUGAGGAACUCGUUCAUUAUUUCUGACCUGCAGGAGGGAGGCCGAUAUUAUUUCCGUGUCUUGGCUGUAAAUGAGCUGGGAGUAGGUCUACCUGCCUCCACAGAUCAGGUCAAGGUGUCUGAGGCUCCUUUGCCUCCUGGUAAGGUUGUCCUGGUUGACGUCACUCGUCAUACUGUUACCCUUUCCUGGGAGAAACCUGAUUAUGAUGGAGGCAGCAAAAUUUCAAAUUAUAUUGUGGAGAUGCAGCCCAAAGGAGAUGACAAAUGGACUGUAUGCAGUGAAGUCAAAGCACUGGAAGCUACUAUUGAUGGACUCACAACAGGAGAGGAGUAUGCCUUCAGGGUGAUUGCUGUGAAUGAUAAGGGCAAGAGUGAUGCCAAGCCUCUGGCUACCCCUGUGGUGGUGAAGGACAUCACAGCAGAGCCCACCAUCAACAUGUUGUUCGACACAUACAGUGUAAAGGCAGGAGAUGACUUGAAGAUUGAUGUUCCCUUCAAAGGGAGACCUCAGCCUGAGGUGUCCUGGAAGAAGGAUGGUCAGGUGCUUAAGCAGACGACUAGGGUCAAUGUUCUUACUUCCAAGACCUCAUCCAAGAUUUUAAUCAAGGAUGCUGCCAAGGAAGAUGUAGGAAAGUAUGAGAUUACUCUGACUAACUCAGUUGGCACCAAGACAGCUGAAAUCUCUGUUAUAAUCUUGAACAAACCUGGUCCACCCAGCAACAUUAAGGUGGAUGAAGUGAGUGCUGACUUCAUCUCCCUGUCUUGGGAUUCUCCAACCUACGACGGUGGAUGCCAAAUCAACAACUAUGUGGUGGAGAAGAGAGACACUACCACAACCACAUGGCAGAUUGUCUCAGCCACAGUAGCCAGGACAUCAAUCAAGGUGUCUCGUCUCACACAGGGAGUGGAGUACCAGUUCCGUAUUGCAGCAGAGAACCGUUAUGGCAAGAGUCAUGCCAUUGACUCUGCUCCUGUUGUUGCUCAGUAUCCCUUCGAGCCUCCUGGCCCUCCAACCAAUGUACAUGUUGCCCAUGCCACCAAGUAUGGCAUGCUUGUGGAAUGGGGCAGACCAGCCAGUGAUGGUGGAAGCCCUGUUAUAGGUUAUCACAUUGAAUGCAAAGACCAAAGCAGCAUCCUGUGGACGAAGGUCAACCGAGGUUUGCUGACUGAGAACCAAUUUAAGAUGACAGGCAUUGAAGAAGGCCUGUUGUAUCAGUUCAGAGUCUAUGCUGAGAAUGCUGCUGGCAUUGGUCCAUGCACUAAGGCCAGUGAUGCUGUGGCAGCUAGGGAUCCAUGCCAACCUCCAUGUAACCUUAGAGUCACCAACAUUACCAGGACCUCAGUUUCCCUCUUCUGGGAAAAGCCAGAGUUUGUUGCUGGAGCAAAGGUUACUGGCUACAUUGUUGAGCGUAAAGAACUUCCCAAUGGUCGCUGGUUGAAAUGUAAUUUCACCAACCUGCAAGACACCUACUUUGACGUCACAGGCCUCACAGAGGAUGUCCAAUAUGACUUCCAUGUCAUUGCUAAAAAUUCUACAGAGCAGUUGAGUGCUCCCUCAGAGAACACUGGUCCUGUCACAGUAAAGGAUGAUGUGGACCCUCCCACUAUUAUCCUGGAAGAUAAGUUCAGACAGCUGGUUGUCAUAAAGGCUGGAGAUAUCAUUAAAAUUGAUGCUGAAGUCACUGGCCGUCCAAUCCCAGUUGUCACAUGGUCUAAGGAUGGGAAGGAGAUUGAGUCCAAGGCCAGGUGUGAAAUCACCUCCACCAACUUCACAACCACACUGAUUGUCAGAGACACUAUCAGAAGGGACUCUGGCCAGUAUGUCCUGACCCUGCACAAUGUGGCUGGAACCAGGUCAGUGGCUAUUAACUGUAAGGUUCUGGACAGACCUGGACCUUCCUCAGGUCCUUUGACAGUGUCUGGCCUCACAGCAGAGAAAUGCACCAUUGCGUGGGGACCCCCUCAGGAGAAUGGCGGUGCUGAAAUCAUGCAUUACAUUGUGGAGAAACGCGAGACCAGUCGCCUUGCCUGGACUCUAGUCUAUGGUGACAUGAAGGCAACCACCUGUAAGGUGACCAAGCUGCUCAAAGGAAAUGAGUACAUCUUCAGAGUCAGGGGAGUCAACAAAUAUGGGGAUGGUGAGCCCCUGGAGAGUGAGCCAACAAAGGCCAGGGAUCCAUUCACUGUACCUGCAGCUCCUACUAAUGUCCAGGUCACCUCAGUUACUAGUGAGGCAAUGACCAUCUGUUGGGAAAGACCAGUUUCUGAUGGUGGCAGUAGUAUCUCUAGCUAUGUCAUUGAAAAACGAGAGAAGACUGGCCUUCGCUGGUGCCGUGUCAACAAGAAACCUGUUUAUGACCUCAGAGUCAAAGCCUCACACCUUCAUGAGGGCAGUGAGUAUGAGUACAGAGUGUUUGCAGAGAACUCUGCUGGCCUCAGUGCUCCCAGCAUCCCUUGCCCGCUUACCAAGGCUGAAGACCCACAGUUCCUGCCUUCACCUCCUGCUAAACCUAAGAUCAUUGACUCUACAAAGACCACAGUCACCCUUUCAUGGAACAAGCCACUAUUUGAUGGUGGAGCACCUGUGACUGGUUAUAGAGUAGAAUACAGGAAGACUUUAGAUGAUGAAUGGAUUGUUGGAGUCCAGAACACCAAGAACACAGAGUUUACAGUGGUAAAGUUGACACCUGGCGCUGAAUAUGUCUUUGUUGUCAAGUCCAUUAACAAGAUUGGAGUCAGUGAGCCCAGUCCUGAGACAGACAAACAAGUUGCCAAAGAAAGAGAAGAGGAGCCUGUCUUUGACAUUAGCAAUGAGAUGAGGAAGACUCUUAUUGUGAAAGAUGGUAGCUCAUUCACCAUGACAGUGCCCUUCAGAGGCAAACCUGUCCCCACUGUUUCAUGGACUAAGCCUGAUGUUGACCUUCGAGUUCGUGCUGCCAUUGACACCACAGACACCUUCACCUCCAUCACCUUAGAGAAAGCAACUCGCAGCGACUCUGGCAAAUACACCAUCACCUUGUCCAACGUAUCUGGAACCUCCUCCUUGACACUUAAUGUCAGAGUUCUGGACUCCCCCGGAGCUCCUGCCAAUGUGGAGGUCAAGGACGUGACCAAGACCUCUGCUACUGUAACCUGGGAUACUCCUGAGAAUGAGGGAGGAGGACCAGUGAAGAACUACCUUGUUGAUAUCCGUGAGGCCAGCAAGAAAGGAUGGACGAGGUUGACUGACACAUGCCACAGACUGACCUACAAGGUGACAGACCUGCCGGAGGGAGAAGUCUUCUACUUCAGAGUGACUGGCGAGAAUGAGUAUGGGGUUGGUGUUCCUGCUGAGACCAAAGAGGGAACCAAGAUCACAGAAAAACCAAGCCCACCACCAAAGCUGGGUGUGACUGAUGUGACCAAGGAGAGUGUAACCCUGGCCUGGGCCAAACCAGAACAAGAUGGAGGCAGCAGAAUUACUGGCUACCUGGUAGAAGCUCUGGAGAAAGGCCAGGAGAAGUGGGUUAAGUGUGGUGUAACCAAGUCCAUCCACUUAACAGUUUCUGGUCUGAGGGAGAAUGCUGAGUACUUCUUCAGAGUCAGAGCUGAAAAUCACGCUGGAUUCAGUGAUAUUAAGGAAAUGUUGACCCCUGUACUGGUCAAAGACCAACUUGAAUCCCCUGAGAUCAUCAUGAAGGACUUCCCCCACAACACAGUAUAUGUCAGAGCUGGCUCCAACCUCAAGUGUGAGAUCCCACUGACAGGCAGGCCUUUGCCUAAAGUCAGCCUGUCCAAGGAUAAUGUUCUGCUCAAGUCAACAAUGAGGUUCAACUCUGAAGUCACCCCUGACAGCAUCAAGAUCACUUUGCGUGAGAGCAUUGCUGCAGACUCAGGACGCUACAAUAUUACUGCCUCCAACUCCAUUGGAACCACCAAGUCUUUUGUAAACAUUGUGGUUCUGGACCGCCCCAGUGCCCCAGUAGGACCUGUGGAACUAUUUGACGUCACAGAAGAAAGUGUGAGCCUGAAGUGGCUCCCACCAGCAUAUGAUGGUGGCAGCCCUAUCACCAACUACAUCAUCCAGAAGAGAGAGACAACAACAGCCAACUGGAUGGAUGUCUCUUCUGCUGUGGCCCGCUGCACCAUGAAGAUCAUGAAGCUAACCACUGGCCUGGAGUACCAGUUCAGAAUCAGGGCUGAGAACAGAUAUGGAAUCAGCGAGCACAUUGACUCACCAACUGUCACUGUCAGCCUUCCUUACACUAUUCCUGAUGCUCCAUCGACUCCAGAGAUCACUGCAGUAACCAGGGAGACCAUAACUGUUGCCUGGAAGGAGCCAAAGUCAGAUGGUGGCAGCCAUGUGUUUGGCUACCAUCUCCAGAUGAAAGACAGGAACAGCAUCCUUUGGCAGAGAGUGAACAAAAUGGUGAUCCGUGCUACACACUUCAAGGUUACCAACAUCAAUGCUGGACUUAUUUAUGAGUUCAAGGUGGCAGCAGAGAACGCUGCUGGAAUCAGUGCCUUCAGCAAGGUUUCUGAUGCAGUGCUUGCUAUUGAUGCCUGUGAGCCACCCAUCAACUUGCGCAUCAGUGACAUCACCAAGAACUCCAUUAGCCUCGCCUGGCAGAAGCCCAACUAUGAUGGAGGAUCUCCAAUCACUGGCUACAUCAUUGAGAAGAAAGAGGGCAUUAAUGCUAGAUGGUCCAAGGCUAACCUCACCAAUGUCACAGACACCCGCUACACUGUGACUGGCCUUACCCAGGACGAGACAUACGAGUUUAGAGUCAUGGCCAAGAAUGCUGUCGGCUCAGUGAGCAACCCAUCCACGACUGCUGGACCAGCUACAUGUGUCGACACCUAUGGUGCCCCAGAGAUUGAAAUACCACACGAGUAUCUCAACGAGGUCAAGUACAGAGCUGAGUCUAAUGUGGAGCUCAAAUUUAAUAUCACAGCCAAACCUGCUCCCACUAUCGAGUGGUUUAAGGAUGGCAGAGAGCUUAAGCCCAGUGCCCAGCUCUCUUUCAAACACGCAUUCGAGUCCACCAGUGUGUUCCUGAAGGAAACCACUCGUCUGAACUCUGGAACAUACGAAGUCAAGGUGAAGAACUCCCUGGGAUCUGCGUGCGCCAUUGUCAGGCUGCUCAUUCAAGACAAGCCAGGACCCCCUGAUGGAGAGAUUCAGUUUAAGAAAGUCACAGCUGACAACAUCACCAUCAUGUGGUCUCCACCUGCUGAUGAGGGCGGUGCUAUGGUAACACAUUACAUUGUGGAAAAGAGGGAGACCAGCAGGGUCAUGUGGUCCAUUGUCUCAGAGAAACUGGUAGACUGCAUUGUAAAUGUGCCCAGACUCAUUCAGGGCAAUGAGUACAUCUUCAGAGUCCGUGGAAUCAACAAAUACGGCAUCGGAGACCCACUAGAGUCUGAGCCUGUGGUUGCCAAGAACGCAUUUGUACCUCCAAGUGAGCCAUCCAAGCCUAAAGUGACCAUGAUCACUAAGUCCACUAUGACAGUGAUCUGGGAAAGACCAGCAUUGGAUGGAGGCAGCGACAUUGAUGGCUACUACCUGGAGAAGAGGGAGAAGAAGAGUCUGCAAUGGUUCAAGGUGGUGAAGGGCACUAUCAGAGAUACCAGGCAGAAAGUCACCAACCUGGUGGAGAACAACGAGUACCAGUACAGAGUUUGUGCUAUCAACAAAGCUGGAGCAGGAAACUACUCUGAGUCCUCUGACCUCUACAAGGCCUACGACCCCAUCGAUCUGCCUGGUGAGCCAUCCAAGCUGCGUGUGGUUGACUCCACAAAGACCUCCAUCACCCUUGGCUGGGAGAAGCCUGUCUAUGAUGGUGGCAGUGAAAUUACACACUACAUUUUGGACCAGAUGAACACAGAGGAAAGAGAAUGGGUGACCAUUAACCCGCAGGUUAAGGCCUGCGAGUAUGUGAUAUCCCACCUGAAACCUGGAACCUACUACUUCUUCAGAGUCUCUGCUGUCAACUGCAAGGGCAAAGGAGAAGACAUCAAAAUGUACCAGCCUGUGCAAGCCAAAGAUAUCUUGGAGGAGGCCGAUUUGGACUUGGACGUUCCCAUGACAACCCAGUACACAGCCAGAGCUGGCCGUGAUGUUGAAGUGUUUAUUCCCCUGAAGGGACGCCCUGCCCCCAAUGUUACCUGGCGCCGUGAUGACCGCAACAUUACCGGUGACAACCGCUACACCAUUAACAGCACUGAGCGAGCAACAACACUCCUCAUCCCCAAGGUCACCCGUGACGACCGCGGCAAGUACCUGCUGGAGAUUGAGAAUGGUGUAGGAGAACCCAAGAUAAUCACAGUUUCCCUGAAGGUUCUGGACAGUCCAGCCACCUGCCAGAAAUUGAUGAUUAAGAACGUGACAAGAGGAAAGCUGACACUGAGCUGGGAGGCUCCUCUUAUUGAGGGUGGUUCCCCUGUCACUAAUUACAUUGUUGAGAAGAAGGCCUCCACCAUGAAGGCUUACCAGGUGAUCACCGCCGAGUGUGCCAACACAUCUUACAAGGUUUCAGGCCUGGAGGAAGAUAAAGCUUACUUCUUCCGUGUGUCUGCUGAAAACGAGUAUGGUGUGGGUGACACUUGCGAGACCACUGAGCCUGUCAGAGCCACAGAAACCCCAGGAGCUGUUAAAGACCUGGUAAUGGUGGACUCUACAAAAACCUCUGUUACCCUGCAGUGGACAAGACCUGACCACGAUGGUGGCAGCUACAUCACUGAAUACAUAAUUGAGAAGAGAACCAAGGAAGAUCCCACCUGGACUUUGGGUGCGACAUGCAAACGCUGCAGCUGUGAGGUGACAGGACUCAAGGAGAAUGCUGUCAUGGACUUCAGAGUGUUUGCCAAGAAUGAGAAGGGCAACAGUGACUUCUCUCAGAUUGGUCCAAUCACAGUGAUGGACUUCCUCAUUCCACCUGAGGCCAACCUUGUUGACUACCCCAAUGGAGGGCUUGCUGUUCGUAUUGGUCAGAACAUCCACAUCGAGUUGCCUUUCAAGGGUAAACCAAAACCUGCAAUCAGCUGGCUAAAGGAUAACUUGCCUCUGAAGGAAAGCGAGAAGGUUCGCUUCAGGACCACUGACAACAAGACUGCAGUCACAGUCAGGGGAGCCAAGAAAGAACAUGCCGGCCAGUACACCUUGGUUCUGGACAAUAGAGUUGUCAAGAACUACUUUGACAUUAAUGUGAUAACUCUGGGACCUCCCUCAGUGCCUGUUGGUCCCAUCCGCUUCGAUGAGAUUAAAGCCCAGAGUAUCAUCAUCUCCUGGGAUCAGCCAAAGGAAGACGGAGGUGGUGAGAUCACCUGCUACAGCGUGGAGAAGCGUGAGAUCUCCCAGGCCAACUGGAAGAUGGUCUGCUCUAGUGUUGUCAGGACCACCUUUAAGAUUCCCAACCUGGUCAAGGGAACUCAUUACCAGUUCAGAGUCCGUGCAGAGAACAAGUAUGGAGUCAGUGAAUCACUCAUCUCCCCAGAAAUCGUUGCCCAGCACCAGUACAAACCUCCAGGCCCUCCAGGAAAGCCAGUGGCCUUCAACGUCACUAGUGAUGGUAUGACCAUUAGGUGGGAGGCCCCAGGCUUCGAUGGAGGAUCCCCAAUUUUGGGUUAUCAUGUUGAGAAGAAGGACAGGAACAGCCUCAUGUGGCAGAAGGUGAACUCCACCAUUAUUUCUAACAAAGAGUACAGGAUCAUUGGUCUCAUUGAGGGUUUGGAGUACUCCUUUAGAGUCUACGCUGAGAACAACGCCGGACUUAGUACUGUUAGUGAACAGAGCAAACAUGCGCUCGCUAUCUCCCCUGUUGAUCCACCUGGCAACCCUGUCUGCAUCGAUGUGACCAGAGACUCAGUCACCCUGCAGUGGGACAUCCCCAAGAGGGACGGAGGCAGCAAAAUUGUGGCCUACAGUGUGGAGAGGCGCCAAGGUAGAGGCAAAUGGCUGCGGUGCAACUUCACUGAUAUCAGCGAGACCCAGUUCACUGUGACCAGCCUGUCUGCUGGAGACAGAUUCGAGUUUAGAGUGAUUGCCAGGAAUGCUGUGGGCACAGUCAGUCCACCAUCUAACUCCUCUGGAUACAUUAUGACCAAGGAUGAAAGCAUUGCACCCGAGAUCGAGUGGUCUCCAGACCAGGUGUCCACCCUGAGGGCUGGAGAGAAUGUUAAGCUUGGCUGCUCUAUCACAGGACGUCCCGUCCCCCAGGUUAUCUGGUACAAAGAUGGCAGAGAGAUUGACAAGAGGAUCAUGAUUGACAUUGAGAUUGCCACAAGCAUUGGCGCCAGCAGUCUUUUUAUCCGUGAUGCUGAUAGGAACCACCGUGGCAUCUACACUGUAGAGGCCAAGAACAGCUCCGGUACUAAGAAAGCUGAUGUCAAUGUCAGAGUACAAGAUACCCCAGGACCUGUCGAGGGUCCCAUCCGAUUCACCGGCAUCACGGCUGAGAAGUGCACCGUGUGGUGGAACCCACCAGAGAACGACGGCUGUGCCGCCAUCACCCACUAUAUGGUGGAGAAGAGGGAGACAUCCAGGAUCUCCUGGGCCUUGGUCACCUCCAAAUGUGAAGCAUGUUCUUACAAUGCCACCAACCUCAUCAAGGGCAAUGAGUACCAGUUCAGAAUCUCUGCUGUCAACAAGUUUGGUGUCGGCAAACCACUGGACUCUGAUCCUCUCAUCGCACAGAUGCAAUACACUGUGCCCGAUGCCCCUGGCACCCCAGAUGCUACCCAUGUGACCGGAAACAGCAUCACUAUGUGCUGGACCAGGCCAAGGUCAGAUGGAGGAAACGAGAUCAAACAAUACAUCCUAGAGAGAAGAGAGAAAAAGAGCCUGCGUUGGGUGAAGGUUUCCUCCAAGAGGGCCAUCACGGAGCUAAGACACCGUGUCACUAACCUCACUGAGGGCAACGAGUAUGAAUUCCGAGUCAUGGCUGAAAAUGGCGCUGGUGUCGGACCGGCCAGCAGUACCUCCAGGCUCUUCAAAUGCAGAGAGCCAACUAGUGCUCCUAGUGCCCCCACAGUAAUCAAGGUCACUGACUCCACCAAGUCCUCAGUCAGCCUGGAAUGGACCAAGCCUGUCUUCGAUGGUGGCAUGGAAAUCAUUGGCUAUAAUAUUGAUAUGUGUAAGGCCAGUCUUGAGGAAUGGCACAGAGUCAACAGCCAGAUUUGCAUCCACACCAGGUAUACUGCCAAGGGCCUGGUGCCUGGAGAGCUCUAUAAGUUCAGGGUCAGUGCUGUGAACGGAUCUGGAGAGGGCGAAGCCUCAGUGAUGCCCAACGCUGUUCAGGCUCUGGACAGACUUAGAUCUCCUGAGAUCGACAUUGAUGCCAAUUUCAAGCAGACUCACAUUGUAAAGAAUGGCGGUACUGUCACCCUUCACAUUGCCUUCCGUGGCAAACCAGCUCCUCUUGCCACCUGGUCUAAGGUAGAUGGUGAGCUGCCUGUCAUGGGCGAUAUCAACACCACAGAUUCCUCCUCUACUUUGACCAUUGAGGGUUGUACUAGGUACGAAGCUGGCAAAUACACCCUGUUCCUGGAGAACAACAGCGGCCGCAAGUCCAUCACAUUCACUGUCAAAGUGCUGGACACACCCGGACCUCCAGGAGCCAUCACUUUCAAAGACGUUACCCGCGGAGCCUUGACAAUGAUGUGGGAUGCCCCUACCAAUGAUGGCGGAUCCAGAAUCCAUCACUACCUUGUAGAUAAGCGUGAGGCCAGCCGCCUGGCUUGGCAGGAGGUCAGCACCAAGUGCUCUCGACAGAUAAUCAGGGUAAUUGGUCUGGAUAUUGGUGUGCAAUAUCUAUUCAGGGUGACUGCAGUUAACCAGUAUGGCCAAGGGGAACCUCACGAGAUGACGGAGCCCAUCAUUGCCACAGAAGAACCUGCACCACCCAAGAGACUUGAUGUUGUCGACACCACCAACUCCACAGCCUCCCUGGUGUGGCUGAAACCGGAGCAUGAUGGAGGUAGCCGCGUCAGAGGCUACAUUGUUGAAUUCAGAGCUAAAGGCACUGAUCGCUGGGUUCUUGGCGGAGAGACAAAGUCCCAGAAGAUGCUGGUCGAGGGUCUGCUUGAGAACACAGAGUAUGACUUCAGAGUCAAGGCCAAGAACGAUGCUGGAAUCAGUGAGCCUCAGGGCACCUUUAGUUCUGUGGUCAUUAAGGAGCCUCGCAUCGAACCAACUGCUGACCUCAGCAGCAUCACCAACCAGCUUAUCACCUGCAAGCUCUCCAACACCUUCACAAUCGACAUCCCCAUCAGCGGCAGGCCUGCACCUAAAGUCACCUGGAAGCUGGAGGAGAUGAAGCUGAAGGAGACAGACAGAGUCAUAAUAAGAACCACAAAGGAGAGAACCACUCUCUUGGUGAGAGACAGCAAGAGAAGUGACAGUGGCAAAUACUACCUGAUCCUGGAGAAUGCUGCUGGUGUGAAGACGUUCACAGUGACUGUACUUGUGGUUGGCAGACCAAGUCCACCUACAGGCCCUGUGGAGAUUUCUGGAGUCUCAUCAGAGACCUGCAACCUCGCCUGGUCGGCGCCAGCUGAUGAUGGCGGCUCUGAUAUCACCAACUACAUUGUGGAAAAACGAGAAGCUGGCUCUGCCUCCUGGCAAGUGGUUAACUCCAGUGUGAAGAGAACCACAAUCAAAGUGACUCAUCUCACCAAGUAUAUGGAGUACACCUUCAGAGUGUGCGCUGAGAACAAGUUUGGAGUCAGCAAGUCCAUUGAGUCGGCUCCUGUUGUCAUUGAGCAUCCAUUUGUUCCUCCAAGUCCUCCAAAUCGUCCAGAUGUGGUAUCCGUGUCUGCCAACGCCAUUAGUAUCAAAUGGGACCUGCCAUAUGCUGAUGGUGGCAGCCAGGUGACAGGCUACUGGAUCGAGAAGAAGGAGAGGAACACAAUCCUCUGGGUGAGGGAGAACAAGCUACCCUGCCUGGAGUGCCAUUACAAGGUGUCCAACCUGAUUGAGGGCCUGGAGUACCAGUUCAGAGUAUAUGCCAUGAACAUCGCUGGACUCAGCAAGGCUAGCGAGGCCUCCAGACCUGUGCUGGCACUCAAUCCUGUUGAUCCUCCUGGUAAACCCGAGGUGACUGAUAUCACCCGCUCCUCUGUGUCGUUGUGCUGGACUGUGCCGUUCAAUGACGGUGGCAGCAAGAUCACUGGUUACGUGGUGGAGAGGAAAGUGUAUAGCACAGAUGAGUGGGACGACAACCGCUGGCUCAAGUGCAAUUACACCACCAUCACAGAGAACUACUUCACUGUCACCAACCUGGGAGAAGGAGAGACCUUUGAGUACCGCGUCAUCGCCAAGAAUGCCGCUGGCGUCCACAGUGCACCCUCUGAGUCCACUGGACCAGUCACAUGCAAGGAUGAGUACUCUCCUCCCAAAGCUGAGCUGGACAGCAAGCUUGCCCGUGAGACUGUUACCGUCACGGCUGGCUCUGACCUUGUCUUGGAUGGUGCUGUGGGUGGUAAACCAGAACCCACAGUGUACUGGUCGAAGGGAGAAAAGAUUUUGGAGCUCGGAGAGAAAUACUCUUUGACCUACACCGCAACCAGAGCCAUGGCUGUCAUCAAGAACUGUGACAGAUACGACACGGGCAGAUACAUCCUGACUGUCAAGAAUGCCAGCGGAAUCAAGACUGCCGCUGUGAAUGUCAAAGUUCUGGACACUCCUGGAGCUCCAGCUGAUAAGAUUGUGAUCAGCAGAGUGACAGAAGAGAAGUGUACAGUGUCCUGGAAGAUUCCUCUGGAGGAUGGUGGAGACACUGUCACCCAUUAUAUCGUGGAGCGUCGUGAGACCAGCCGACUCAACUGGGUCAUCAUGGAGACCGAGUGCAAGUCACUGUCAUGUGUCAGCUCCAGGCUGAUCAAGAACAACGAGUAUAUCUUCAGAGUCAGAGGAGUCAACAAGUUCGGGCCUGGAGUUCCACUGGAGUCCGAACCCGUCAUUGCCAGGAAUGCCUAUACCAUCACAUCCCAGCCGGGAACUCCAGAGGCUACAACUGUGGGCAAGGAGCAUGUCAUCAUCGAAUGGCUUAAACCUGAGAGUGAUGGAGGCAGUGAGAUCAAAAACUACAUAGUGGAUAAACGAGAGAAGAGCAGCACGAGGUGGACCCGGGUGAAUAAGACUUACACCAUCUAUGACACCCGUCUGAAGAUCACAGGCCUGUUGGAAGGAAGCGAGUACCAGUUCAGAGUGACAGCUGUCAACGCUGCUGGAUACAGCCAGCCCAGCGACGCCUCACCGUACAUCCUCUGUAAAGACCCCAUAUAUGCCCCAGCUCCUCCAUCAAUGCCUCGCAUCACUGAUACAACCAAACACAGCAUCAGCAUGACCUGGACCAGGCCCAUGUACGAUGGUGGCUCAGACGUCACCGGCUACGUGGUGGAGAUCCUUGAGGGGGACACAGAGCACUGGUACCGUGCCACCGCCAAACCUCUCAAGACCAACGAGUAUGUGGCCGCGGGCCUGGCAGCCAGUAAGACGUACAGGUUCAGGGUAGCUGCCAUCAACUGCAACGGCACCGGAGAGUUCAGUGAACCUAGCGCUGAGAUCGAGCCACUGGAGAGAAUUGAAAUGCCUGACCUGGAGCUGGCUGACGACCUGAAGAAAACGGUGUGUCUACGUGCCGGAGGAACCCUUCGCCUGAUGGUAUUUGUCACCGGCCGGCCGGCACCAGUAGUGUCUUGGAGGAAGACUGGUGUGGAGCUGCAGAGCCGUGGCUACAUUGAGACCACAGAUAGCUACACCUCGCUGAUGGUGGAGAAGGUCAGUCGCUACGACUCUGGAAAAUACAUUGUGGAGGCAGAGAACCCAUCGGGAAAGAAGACUGCCACCAUCAUGGUUAAAAUCUAUGACACUCCUGGCCCUCCAGGUUCUGUAAAGGUGAAGGACUACACCAAGGAGUCCGUUGUGAUCACAUGGGACAUCCCAAGCAUCGAUGGUGGCGCCCACGUCAGCAACUACAUCAUAGAGAAGCGUGACGCCAACAUGAAGUCAUACAAGACUGUCACCACUGAGUGUAGGAAGACCCUGUUCAGGAUCACCGGUCUGGAGGAGGGAAUGUACUACCACUUCAGAGUCCUUCCAGAGAACAUCUAUGGCAUCGGUGAGCCUUGUGAGACAGCCCAGCCCGUGCUGGUAUGCGAGGUGCCGUCUGUGCCUCUGAACCUCCAGGUUGUCGAUGUCACCAAGUCCACUGUCACGCUGCACUGGGAGAAACCGCUGCACGAUGGCGGCAGCAGGCUGGCAGGCUACACCAUCGAGGCCUGCAAAGUUGGCUCGGACAGGUGGAGUGCGGUGGCAUCAGUCAAGUCCUCAGUGUCCAAGUACACCAUCCAGUCCCUGACAGAGAACGACCAGUACCUGUUCAGACUCCGAGCCACAAACAGCAGGGGAGCCAGCGAACCCAUGGACACUGUUAAUCCUGUCACCAUCGAGGACAUCAAGGUGACGCCCAAGAUCGACAUGACCAACAUCCCUCAGAAGAUUGUCCAUGUGCACCGUGGCAAACCCAUCGACCUCAACAUCCCCAUAAAGGCCAAACCGCAGCCUGUCUGCACCUGGUCCUUCGGUGGCGUCAAACUAAAGGACAGCCUGGACCGCAUCAAGAUUGACAGCAACGGCAAUUACACCCACCUCGUCAUUCGUGAGACCACCAUCAACGACACAGGAGACUACACACUUGAGGUGAAAAAUGCUGUUGGCGUCGCAACCGAGGUCAUCAAGGUCAUCAUCCUUGACAAACCUGGCAUCCCAGUCGGUCCAAUGAAGAUCGAGGAGACUGACGGCGUGUCCGUGACAGUCAGCUGGGAACCUCCAGAGAAGGAUGGUGGUGCCAAUGUCAGUGGCUAUGUGGUGGAGCAGCGCGAUGCCCACCGGCCAGGCUGGAGCACUGUGUCCGAGUCAGUGACCCGACCCUGCUUCAAGUUUACCAGACUCUCAGAGGGAACCGAAUAUGUGUUCCGUGUUGCUGCCAUGAAUCGCUUUGGUGUUGGCAGCUUCCUUCAGUCCGAAGUGGUGGAAUGCAAGAGCCCCAAGACUAUCCCUGGACCUCCAAGCAGACCAGAGGUGCUGGAUGUCACCCACGAGGGCAUGACCCUGACCUGGCAACCACCCGAGGACAAUGGUGGAUCCACCAUUGCUGGCUACAUUAUCGAACGUAAAGAGGCCAACUCUGACAGGUGGAUGAGGAUCAACAAGAAUACAGUCACCAUGACCAGGUACCGCUCCUCCGGCCUGAUAGAGGGCCUGGAGUACGAACACCGCGUCACCGCCAUCAACUCCAGAGGAACUGGCAAACCCAGCGAGAGCUCCGCCAUCACCGUUGCCAUGGAUCCCAUCGAGCCUCCAGGUCCUCCAGUUCAGCCCAGAGUCACUGACACCACCAGAACUUCAGUCUCUCUUGCCUGGCUGCCACCUGAAGAGGAGGGUGGUUCUGUCAUUACUGGUUACUUGAUCGAGAUGCAGAAGGUGGACCAGGUGGAAUGGACAUUGUGCAACACCACGCCCACCAAGAUGUGCGAGUACAUUCUCACCCACAUGCCCCAGGGUGCUGAGUACAAGUUUAGGGUCAUAGCCUGCAACGCUGGCGGUUCUGGAGAGCCCGCUGAGAUUACCGGAGUGGUUAAAGUCCAGGAAAUGCUUGAUUAUCCCGACUAUGAACUUGAUCGUAAAUACGAGGAGGGCUACGUGGUGCGACAGGGUGGAGUCAUCCGUCUGUCUGUACCCAUUAAGGGAAAACCCAUCCCUACAUGCAAGUGGACCAAGGAUGGUCGUGACAUUUCCCACCGGGCCAUGAUUGCCACCUAUGAUGACAUCACUGAGCUGGUCAUCAAAGAGGCACACAAAGACGACACCGGUACCUACGACCUGGUGCUGGAAAACAAAUGCGGCAGGAAGGCUGUGUACAUCAAGGUGAAGGUGAUCGGUCACCCUGAUGCCCCAGAAGGGCCUCUGGAGUUUGACGAUAUUCAGGCCAGAUCAGUCCGGGUCAGCUGGCGGCCACCAUCAGAUGAUGGUGGUUCCGACAUUCUAGGAUACAUUGUGGAAAGGCGGGAGGUACCCAAGGCUGCCUGGUGUACAGUGGAUUCCCGGGUAAUCGAGAACUCUCUGGUGGUGAAGGGCCUGAAGGAGAAUGUGGAGUACCACUUCAAGGUCUCUGCUGAGAACCAGUUCGGUGUCAGCAGAUCUCUCAAGUCUGAAGAGUCCGUAAUACCAAAGACACCUCUUUGCCCACCAGAACCUCCCAGCAACCCACCAGAGAUCAUGGACGUUGCCAAGACUUUAGUGUCUCUGUCCUGGGCCCGCCCCCGGGAUGAUGGAGGCUCCCGCGUCACAGGAUACUACGUGGAAAGGAGGGAGAUUUCUACAGAGAAGUGGGUCCGCCACAACAAGACCCAUAUCACCACCACCAUGUACAAUGUCACUGGUCUCAUCCCCGAUGCAGAGUACAUGUUCAGAGUGGUUGCUCAGAAUGACAUUGGGCAGAGUGAGCCUGGUCCUGCUUCAGAGCCUGUGGUCUGCAAAGAUCCAUUUGACAAACCCAGCCAACCAGGCGAGAUCGACAUCAUCUCUGUCACCAAAGACUGCAUCACUAUCCACUGGCUCAGGCCCGAGCAUGAUGGUGGCAAGGAGAUUCUGGGCUACUGGAUUGAGUUUAGGGAGGCUGGAGAGAGUGCCUGGAAGAAAUGCAACAAGGAGCGCUCCAAGGAUCGUCAGUUCACCAUGGGCGGCUUGAUGGAAGCCACCGAGUACGAGUUCAGAAUCUUCGCUGAGAAUGAGACUGGAUUCAGCCGACCUCGCCGCACACCCAUGGGUAUCAAGACCAAACUGAGCGUUGGUGAGGCUCCAGCUUUGAAGGAAGAGAUCGAGGAUGUAACCACCAAGCUUGGCGAGUCCGGUACUCUCACCUGUGGCAUCAUCGGCAGGCCUCUGCCUGAGAUCAAGUGGUACCGCUACGGCAAGGAACUGAUCCAAAGCCGCAAGUAUAAGAUGAGCUCAGAUGGCCGCAACCACUCCCUCAGCAUCCUGACAGACGAGCAGGAAGACGAGGGUCAAUACACUUGCAGGGCCAUCAAUGAGGCCGGUGAGAUCGAGACCAGUGGCAAACUGCGCCUGCAGGCAGCACCUCAGUUCCACCCAGGCUUCCCUCUGAAGGAGAAGUACUUCGCUGGGGCUGGCACCAGCCUCCGUCUCCAUGUGGUGUACAUUGGGCGUCCCAUCCCCCAGAUCAUGUGGUUCUAUGGCAAGAAGCCUUUGAACCCAUCAGAAAAUGUGAUUAUUGAAAACACUGAAAGCUACACUCACUUGGUGGUGAGGAACGUUCAGAGGAAGACCAACGCCGGCCGCUACAAGGUGCAGCUCAGCAAUGUGUAUGGAACCAUCGACACUGUGCUGCGUGUUGAAAUCCAAGAUAAACCAUGCAUACCUGAGGGCCCUGUUGUUGUUGAUGCUCUGCUGAAGAGCUCAGUUGUCAUCAGCUGGAAGGCUCCAAAGGAUGACGGUGGCUCCAUGAUCACAAACUACAUUGUAGAGAAGCGUGAGGCCAAAGAAGGAGAGCAGUGGCACCUGGUGUCUUCCUCUGUGUCUGGCACCAACUGCCGUGUCCCCAACCUGAUAGAGAAUGCCGGCUACUACUUCAGAGUCUCUGCCCAGAACCAGUAUGGAGUCAGCGAGCCUCUGGAGAUCCCAUCAGUGUUAAUCAUCAAGAGUCCAUUCGAAAAACCUGGCAUCCCACAGCAACCCUUCAUCAUCAGCUCUACCAAGAACUCCUGUGUUGUCUGCUGGAAGCCUCCAAGCAGCGAUGGUGGAGCGAAAAUCACCAACUACUACCUGGAGAAACGUGAGAAGAAGCAGAACAAGUGGAUGUCAGUAACCAGUAAGAAGGUUGUGGAGACCAGCUUCGAGGUCACAGGCUUGAUCGAGGGCUUUGAGUAUGAGUUCCGUGUCAAGUGUGACAACAUGGGCGGUGAGAGUGACUGGAGUGAGAUCUCUGCACCGAUCAUCCCCAAGUCCGACCAGGCUCCUCGUGCUCCUGCGUUCAGGGAGGAGAUCAGGGACAUGACCGUCAAAUAUCAUGCCAAUGCUACCUUUGUCACUAAGGUGGUGGGAUAUCCCAAGCCGGUGGUGAAAUGGUACCGCAGUGGAAAGGAGAUCCAGGCAGAUGGAACCAAGAUCAAAGCCCAGGAGUUCAAAGGAGGCUACUACCAGCUGGUCAUCACUACUGCUGAUGAGAACGAUGCCACAGUUUACCAAGUCAGAGCAACCAACUCCUCAGGAUCCAUCUCUACAACAGCCAACCUGGAGGUGGAAGUUCCUGCUAAGAUCCACCUGCCCAAGGAGCUCCAGGGAAUGGGAGCCGUCCAUGCUGUCCGUGGCGAUCACAUAACCAUCAAGAUCCCUAUCUCUGGCAAGCCUGAGCCAGCAAUCAUUUGGCAGAAGGGUCAGGAGAUCCUCUCCAACUCUCCUUAUUACCAGGUCAUCACUACCAGGUCUUUCACCUCCUUGGUCUUCCAGAAGGGAGUGCAGAAGAAGGAUACUGGCUACUAUAUUAUAACUGCAAAGAACAGGUUCGGAACAGACAAGCAAACCAUUGAGGUUAACGUGGCUGACAUACCUGAAGCUCCAAAGAAUCUUGUUGUCAGUGACAUUGGUCGGGACUCCAUCACCUUGACCUGGGAGCCCCCUGCCAAUGAUGGUGGAAGUGACAUCACUAGUUACAUUGUGGAGAAGUGUCCCACCACUGCUGAUAGAUGGAUCCGUGCUGGACAGACCACAGACUGCAGCAUCAACAUCAUCAACAUAUUUGGCAAAACUAAGUACCAGUUCCGCGUCAUCGCUGAAAAUCAGUAUGGAUUGAGCCCUCCAUGUCAACCAACUGAGCCCAUCACCACAAAGGAAGACAAGUCUGUGAUUAGGAACUAUGACGAGGAGGUGGACGAAACCAGAGAGGUAACCAAGGAGGAGGCUCUGUUCUACAAGGUGAAGGAGCUGUCUACCAAGUACACCAUCUCUGAGGAACUUGCUCGUUGCCAGUUUGGAGUAGUCCACCGCUGUGUGGAGAUUGCCACAAAGAAGACCUUCAUGGCCAAGUUUAUCAAGGUCAAAGGAACUGACCGUGAGUUGGUUCUUAGGGAAAUUGAGGCCCUCAACGUAGCAAGGCACAUGAAUAUAAUCUACCUACAUGAAUACUUUGAAAGCAUGGAAGAGAUCAUCCUGAUCUUUGAAUUCAUUUCUGGAGUUGACAUCUUUGAACGCCUUGGCACCUGCCACUUCGAGCUCACAGAGCAGGAGAUUGUCCGCUACCUGAGACAAGUCUGCUCUGCCCUCAAGUUCAUGCAUAGCCACAACUUUGGCCACUUUGAUAUCCGCCCAGACAACAUUGUCUACACCACAAGGAGAAGCACCACCAUAAAGAUUAUUGAGAUGGGCCAGGCUAGGCUGCUGGUGCCAGGAGAAAACAUCAGAAUGCUGUUCACAGCUCCAGAGUACUGCGCCCCUGAGAUCCACCGUCACGACCUGGUCACAACAGCCACUGAUAUGUGGUCUGUUGGUGUAAUGGCCUAUGUUCUGCUCAGUGGCCUUAAUCCAUUUGCGGCAGAGUCCGUUACAAAGAUGAUUGAGAACAUCUCCAACUGUGAGUACGUCUUUGACAGUGAAGCGUUUAAGGACAUCAGCCUGGAGGCUAUGGACUUUGUGGACAGACUUCUAGUCAAAGACAGGAAGCUCCGUAUGACAGCCCAUGAGGCUCUGGAACACCCAUGGCUCAAGAUGAAGAUUGAAUAUGUCAGCAACAAGAUCAUUAAGACACUGAGACACAGAAGGUACUAUCAGAGCCUGGUGAAGAGGACAGAUACCAUUGUAUCAGCAGCUCGUGUGGCCUAUGGUGGCGCCUUCAGGAACCAGAGAGGAUUGGCUGUGGGUAAAGUGAAGAUUGGAACUGAGUACCAUGGUCUCCGCACUGGUCCAGUCAUGCAUGGCUCAGCUGAGGAAGGUGGCCAUGUCAGAUUCACUUGCAGCAUCACCAACUAUGACAAGAGCACACAGGUGUCAUGGUACUUUGGUAACCGUCAGCUACACCCAAGUCCCAAGUAUGAAAUCACUUACAGUAAAGGCUUUGCCAGCAUCUAUGUAAAGGACAUUGAAGAGAGUGAUGAUGGAGUGUACAGAUGCAAGGUGGUAAGUGAUGAUGGAGAGGACAGUGCUUAUGGCGAGCUUUUUGUUGAGACAGUGAGGAGCAUCAGAGAGCACUAUAUUAGCCGGUCCAUUAAGAAACUGAGAAGGAGAGUCGACAAGACUAAACUCCUGCAGAGACCACCAGAAUUCACUUUGCCUCUGUACAAUCGCACUGCCUACAUUGGUGAAGAUGUGCGUUUUGGUGUCACUAUUACAGUGCACCCAGAGCCUCAUGUAACAUGGCUUAAGAAUGGUGAGAGAAUCAAGCCAGGGGAUCAUGAUCACAAGUACACAUUCACCAGUGAUAAGGGUCUGUACCAGCUGAUGAUUCACAACCUGGACUUGAGCGAUGAUGCUGAAUACACCGUCAUGGCCCACAACAAGUUUGGAGAAGACAGCUGCAAGGCCCGUCUCACUGUGACACCUCAUCCUGUGAUGGAGGAAACUAUGAGGCCCAUGUUCAAACGUCUUCUGGCUAAUGUUGAGUGUGUAGAAGGACAUAGUGUCCGCUUCGAGCUCAGGGUCUCAGGAAUCCCAGCUCCUACUCUAAAAUGGGAGAAGGAUGGCCGUGCAUUACAGUUUGGCCCCAAGGUUGUUGUCAUACAGGAAGACACUGAGUACCAUGUCCUGCACAUAAGAGAGACCCUGCUUGAGGACUCCGGUGUGUACAAGGUUACUGCAACCAACUCUGCUGGCUCUGCAACCUGCCAGGCUACAUUGAAGGUGGAUCGCCUUACUUACACCAGGAGAGAGUACAAGAGCGAAGAGGAGAAAUACAGACACAUCCAGAAACAAAUUGAGAAGACAAACAAGCUGGCUCAGCAAAUUGUUGCCACUGAGGAGCUUGUGCCUCUAAACCCCACAGCCCAGGAGGCUCUCAAAUUUGCUGCAGAGAUUUACAAGCCCGCAGUUAGCACCAAGAACGUUGAGGGCGAAUUCGACAUCACAGUCGUGAAGUCCGAGACCAAGAAGCUGGAGGAGGAGAGGAGGAUCUUCAUGCCAUAUGAGAUCCCUGAGCCUAUUGUUCAUGAUCCCAAAACUCUGGAUGAGGACAAGGGUAUCAAACAGUUUGUGCCUUUAUCUGACAUGAAGUGGUACAGAAAGCUCAAAGACCAGUAUGAGAUUUCAGAGAGGAUGGAGAGGAUUGUACAGAAGAGGCAGAGACGUAUUCGCCUGUCCAGGUGGGAGCAGUUUUAUGUCAUGCCCCUCCCUAGAAUCACCGACCAGUACAGGCCAAGAUGGCGUAUUCCAAAACUCACUCUAGAUGAUCUGGAGACUGUCAGACCUGCCCGUCGUUCACCAUCUCCUGAAUCAGAGGUCUCCUUCAGAUCCAGAAGGAGAUCUCUGGGAGACCUUAGUGAUGAGGAGCUGCUGAUGCCUGUGGAUGACUACCUUUCCAUGAGGAGAACAGAGGAGGAAAGAAUGAUGCUGGAGGAUGAACUGGAGCUCGGCUUUUCUGCCUCUCCUACCGGCAGCCCGGUCCGCGUUGAGCGCCAUGCUGUGGAACAUGAAGACAGGAGGCAUGAGGUAAGGCACGAGGCUGUCGAGGUUGCUGAGACAAAGAAGAAACGCACUGUUUCUCAGUAUAUGAGGAGGAGAAGAUCGCUGUCUCCCACGUACAUUGAGCUGAUGCGUCCAGUGUCAGAGCUGAUCAGACCACCACGUGCCAGGCCUCCUGUGGAAGCGGAGGGAGAGGUUGUGGUCAGGAGGUCCCCCACUCCUGAGAGGACACGUCCCCGUUCUCCUAGCCCUAUCAGGUCUGUUGAGAGGUCAUCCCGCUCCUCCUCCAGGUUUGAGCGGUCUGCCCGCUUUGACAUCAUGUCCCGCUACGAGGCCAGGAAGGCUGCUCUGAAGUCUGAGAGGAAAUAUCAGGUGGUUAGUCAGACACCUUUCAGCCUGGACCAUGCUCCUCGUGUGACUGUCAGGAUGCGCUCUCAUCGCAUUCCAAUUGGCCAAGACACCAAAUUCACCUUGAACAUCCAAGCAAAGCCAGAAGCCGAGGUUAAGUGGUUCCACAAUGGAACUGAAAUCUUUGAAAGCAGCGAGAAAUACAUCUUCAUCAACAUGAGUGGUGUUUUGUCCAUCACUAUUCUGGAGUGCCAGGAAGAGGACAGUGGCACAUACCGCUGUGUGUGCUCCAACUCCAAGGGUGAGGCUUCUGACUAUGCCACCCUUGAAGUGUCAGGUGGUGGCUACACGACCUUCUCUUCCCGCCGCAGGGAUGAGGAUGCUCCCAAAGCAUAUGUCCCUGAAGUCACUCGAGUUGACCACUACCACACCACCCACUUCAAAGCUGGCUAUGCUUCUGAGACCCACCUUGAGGUGGAAGAGAGCAAGUCUAAGCUAACUGAGACACAUGAGGUUGUCACACGAGAAAGAUAUGCUGCCUCCGCUGAGAGGUACUCCUCCGCUGAGAGGUACGCCUCUGCUGAGAGGUACGUCUCUGCUGAGAGGUACUCCUCUGCUGAGAGGUAUGCUGAUUACCUGUCAUCUGGUUCCUCCUACUCAUCGGAAAAGUUUUCUUUGACUGGGAAACAAACCACAUCUGAAUCUAAACUGAAGUCAUCAUCUGCUGUGGUUGCUGAGGAAGUUGCUGUACACAAGGUGAAGCCUUCUCUUCCUGCUAGAAUCCUCACUAAGCCCCAAUCUGUGACAGUUGCAGAGGGAGAGACAGCCAGAUUCUCCUGUGAUAUCGACGGUGAACCAGCACCCACUGUAACAUGGAUGCACGAGAGCAGAACCAUCACCUCAUCUCACCGGGUUCAUGUCACCACCACUCAGUACAAGUCCAGCCUGGAGAUCUCCUCUGUGAUGGCCUCCGAUGAGGGCAGUUACACUGUGGUGGUAGAGAACUCAGCAGGCAGACAGGAAGCUCACUUCACCCUGACCAUCCGCAGACCAGUUCCCAAAGAGGAAGUCAAGGCUGUAAAAUCCCCUGAGCCAUCUGUGAAGUCACCCACUCCCAGUAUAAAGUCACCAGAGCCACCAGCCACGCCAUCACCCGCUCCCUCCGUAACUUCCCCUGUCCCCAGCGUCAAGUCCCCUGAGCCUUCCAUUAAAUCACCAGCUCCAAGUGUUAAGUCCCCUGAACCAAGUGUAACAUCUCCAUCUCCAAGUUUGAAGUCACCAACGCUGAGUGUGAAGUCUCCUGAACCAGAGGGAAUUAAAUCUCCUAGGGGCGUCAAGUCUCCUGAGCCCAUUUCACCCUCUCCAGCACCCAGCUUAAAAUCACCAGCUCCAAGUGUCAAAUCUCCUGAACCUGAGGGAGUUAAGUCACCACGGGGUUUAAAAUCUCCUGAACCCAGACUCAAGUCACCACUCAAGUCCCCAGAAGGAGUGAAGUCACCUGAGCCUGAGGGAGUAAAAUCACCUCGGGGAGUCAAAUCUCCAGAACCUGCAGGACUCAAAACACCAAGAGGAGUGAAGUCCCCAGAACCAGCUGGAAUCAAAACACCGAGAGGCAUCAAGUCCCCAGAACCUUCAGGCCUCAAAUCCCCACGGGCCUUGAAGUCCCCUGAGCCUGAGGGACUCAAAUCACCACCUAGGAUGAAGUCUCCUCCACCCAUCAUGUCCCCCAAGAGAGUUAUGUCUCCACCCACUGUCAAAUCCCCAACCCCGAAACCUCCCAAGGUCCUGAGUCAGGUAACAGCUGAGGCCUGUGAGGGCUCGGUGAGGAUGUCCUGUGUCUGCGAGAGCAGCGUCAGGGAGGUGGUGUGGUACGUCAACGGGAGGAGGCUUUCGCAGAGCAGCCACUUUGAGAUGCACUACUCUGAGGGCUCCUGCAGCCUUCUAAUCCACGACUUGGCAGACAGUGAUCAGGGAGAGUACACCUGUGAGAUGACAUCAGAGGGAGGAGUAUCCAAAUCCUCGUUCUCCUUCACUGGACAGGUGUUCCAGUCCAUACGCAUGAAGGUCACAGCCUACCAUGAACAGAAACUGGCACUUAAAGGAUCUAUGACGAUGGGUCACAAAGAGUCGUCGUCAUCCAUGAGCUCAUCCAUGAUGAUGAAGAAAGAAAUGCACACAAUGGAGGAGUCGUCCUCCUUCUCUUCCUCCGCCCAGCAGGCAAUGAUGUCAUCCAUGAUGGAGUCCAGCUCCUUCAGCAGCAUGGCGGCUGAGAUGAAGUUUGAGACCAUGUCCAUGUCCAGCAUGUCCUCAGUGGCGUCUGAGACGUACGCCAUGAGCUCCAGCAGUCUCACGGAGAUGUCCUCCCUCAUGGAGGGAUCCUCAAUCAGAGCAAUCGGUUCUGCUCCCAGGAUCGAGGCUCUGCCAGAAGACAUCAGCAUUGAGCCGGGCAAAAUCUUAACAGUCGCCUGCGCCUUCUCCGGCGACGCCAAACACAUUGAGUGGUCUCGUGGCGGUAAAACCAUUGAGGUGACUGCCGGCGGACGCUUCCACAUCGAGACCACGGAGGACCUGACCACCCUCAUCAUCACCGGGGUGAAGGAGGAGGACGCUGGAACCUACACCCUGAAACUGUCCAACGAGCUCGGAUCUGACACAGCGACUGUUCACAUUAGCAUUCGAUCAGUGUAAAAAAAAAAAAAUCUAAUCUUGCAAUCUUCCCCUUUUCCCUACUUCCAUGCCUUUUUAUUUAUUAAUUGAGCGAAAUAAUCUACUUGAUAAAGAUCUGGAUUUCUGUUCUUGUAAAUAUGAACUAUUUUUGUACCAAUCUUGACAUUAAUUUAUGCCAAACUAGACUAAAGUCUAAAGUUGUUAUAAAAUGUGCCAUAUUGGAUAACUAUGACUUAGGAUUUUUGAUCCAUUUUUCUGUGACAUGUACAUAAUGUAUAUAGCCGAAUUUAACGGUUAUGGGAAAUGUAUGAAUUGUUAUUUAUGACAAUAAUAUUAACUGAAACAAAAUGAAACUAAAUGUGGUUUAACAGGAGAAAGUUUCACCAGGAACGAAUACCCUGUUAAACUAAGAAACUAAACUCUGUGCCUCAACGAUAAGUUGAAGUCUUAAGAUUGCCUCAACAGGUAGAGAGGCUCCCUGUUGAUGUUAACUCAAUCAGAGACAGAACUAUGAAUGCACUGCUGGAGAGUAGGAGCAGUGCUGUUGCAUUGCAACAAGAGCGUGAGAUCCUGAGUGCUGUUUGCAUAUACCCUCAUGUAAGCAGGACGACUGGACCUCGCACUCUGACUGAUUAUGUCAUACCGCCAUUUCGAUGACACGCUCACAGUGCGAGCGGCCUGCACUCCCUGAGCACAAGUGUUUCUUUUUUGUUUUGUGCUCUGCUUCUGGCAAACGAUCGCUCGCUGGACUCUUCAGUUUACCAUCAACCUGGCCAAUCACGAAAAAAAAAAUAAUAAGAGUCCAUCCGGUGCUUGUUUGCAGAGGCAGAGCUGUCUCUCGGAGGUCUGCAGUGUGUUUGUGUGUUAGUUUUUAGUUCACCUGUCAGUCAAGCUGGGCGCCGCCAAGCAGACGUACCGCAGCCGUAACCAACCGCCGCUGCGCUAGACGAGGACGGAGAGAAGCGUGGUGUCGCAUGUCGCUCAGCACUUUGGUUUGAUUGAAGUUUAGCGUUAUUUUUGCAGCCUCCUUGAGUUUUUCUCCAAUUAUUGAUUUAAUAAAGCAUGAUUAUCAGCACUA